GGAGGAGCAGGACGAUGGUGCGCGUCUCUCUGAAGCCUUGAUGAGGAUUUAGUUUUUGCCGGAGCUGCCCCCUUUAGUGGCCUUCAGGAUGUACGGGGAUGGAGAGGGCACGGUGUGGGACCGGGUCGGACGGCCCCACAGGGACUGUAUGUGCUACCUUGGACCUCCGACCACUUUGAUGCCGAUGUAAGACAUUUAAAGUUUUACUGAUGCGCUGCAGCCGAGCGAGAGAGGCGGGCUGCACCUGUUGCGCACAAGGUUUCCAAAGCUUGAUCGAUGAAGGAAAACGACUUUAUGAGAAAAGAUGUGAAUCAUGUUUAUUUUUGUUUGUGUACAGAAAAACGGAGGGAAAACUGUUUUUAAUGUUUGCAUGCUUAGAAACAGCACCGAAAGACAUUUUCGGGGAAUGUUUAAGAUUUGGAUGCACGUUUUACGCACAGAAUUGUCAGCGUUGCAUGUUUUUCCUUCACGUGUUUGUGGUUUCAUAACAGCCAAGUGGAUGACAGCUUACAAAUAUUCCACUAUUUCAGACAGAUAACAUCACUUGUACGAUAUUAAACGAUUCUUUAAGCUUAACCUCACCGUUUUGUUACACAAUAACCGGUAUUAUUAGGCUAAAUGUGUAUUGCGUUUUAAAAUGAUAUUCCAGGAGUAUUGCUGGAUGUAGCUGUGCGCUCCAGUGCCUUUACAUGCUGUCACAAGUGUUUCCUCUAAUCAUGAUCGAUCCAUUAGUUUCGCAUUACUCCUCCUGUUACAUUAUAGGCUUUAUAAUGGGGGCUGCACACUGCAUAGUAUACAACAGUUGCAGGAGCAGUCACUUUCACUUAACGUCUUUCAUAGUGUUGUUGCGCGGAUGCAAGACCAGUGAAGGAUGAAGAUUUCUGGGUUGUGUGGAGGCGCUUCAGGGGCCCCAAACGCCAAGCUCCCAGGAACAAACAGCGCUGAUUCUCCUAGUUUAACUUAUCCGGUCUUAUGCAAGGUUUGCAGUCUCUCUAUUACUUCUUUAAACACCCCUGUGCUACCCUUUGUUCUCUCUCCCCAGCGGGAUGCGCAAGUCUCCCGACGUGAGCCCCAGAAGGCUUUCGGACAUCAGCCCUCAGCUCAGACAGCUCAAGUACCUGGCGGUAGACGAGGCCAUCAAGGAGGACCUCAAGUCCUCGCGUUCAGUUGAAGACAUCAACAGCGCGUCCAUAGAGGAGCGGAUACUGCGCAUCACCGGCUAUUAUGGAUACCAGCCUUGGAGUGCGAGCUACAGCAGUGAGUCUCUUACAUUACAUCUAGCUGUUCUGUGACUUUUGGCCAGUGAGAGGUGUUGGCCCACACAGCCAGGCCACUGGACUCUAGAAGGUUUUAGAUAACAUGAAAAUAGUGCAGCGGAGCUUCACUUAGUUGUUGGAGGUGUCACAUGUUGCACUCAAGCUGACAUGGUUAAAAGCUUCAUGUGGGAGGAUGAAAUGAAAGGACUGGAACCUCUAGUUGAAUGGCUGCAUGUGGGAGAACAUGUUUCAGUUUGUAUCAUUCUAAUUAGUCAUCUUUAUCCCAUUUAGUCCACACAUCUCUUUGACAGAGAAACCCUGAAAAAGUAAAAGAACACAAGCAAAACAGUCAACAAUACCAAGUGUGUAGUUUAAAGAGACACUGAGUGACAAAAAUGAGCAUAAAAACACACUAAAAGUUUCAAACAUCCAGAGUUAAGCAAUGCUUUUUGAAAUCUCCUGUGUUUUUCUUCCAAGAACAUGCAAAGUGAUGUGGAUAUUCAUAAUUCUGGACUGAACAUCAUGCCACUCAAAGCAAGAGUUAAUAUUAAUAUUUAAUGUUUUUCUUAUUAUUGAUUGGACAGCUAAAGAGAGACAAAAAUGUGGGGAGUAUAGGGUGAGGGCAGCAAAGGGUCAUGGGUGUGAGUCAAACUGAGGACUGUAAGGGGUGUAAAUACCUUAUUCAUUGAUUCCUUGAUGAAUAAACACAAAUAUUGAUUUAUUUUCUCCCUUUUUGUUUCCCUGUGCAGUGGGAAGAAUCAUUUUGAGCUUUUGAAUUUGAAUUUUCAAGGUUUUCUGUCUUCUACAAGAGAAAAAAAUGCUCUCAUCAAAGUCCCUCGACAGUUUUUGCCUGGAGGCUGCCAGAACAGCAGACAAUUUAUUGGAGAACAGCACAUGAAUUUGGAUUCUGGCUUGAGCUCCACCUGUAGAAACACGAUGAAUUAAACUUAUAUGAAAUCUUAUAAAAAUGAAGGAUUUGUUAGAAAAACCUGCAAGUUCCAGAGCGAUAUAAAAUAAUCCAGUGACUUUUAACUCCUGAUGUACCAAUAUGAAAGUCAGCGAGAGGUAUUUUAUUGGGUUGUAGGAUUUCACACAGAGGAUGGCACCCAAAUGAGAGAGCAACAACUUCAACACACAAAGCAUACAUAGUGAGGUGGACCCAGGUUAGUGGGCCACUUUGUCCCUGAUCAAAUCUAAUAGUGUAGUGGAGUUUACAAACUUUGUUUGUAGUGCUGGUUUGAUCAGAAAGAUAUUUAAAUUUAUGAUAAGAGCUCGCAAACUUGUGGUGGAAACACUCAUCUCAGCAAACUCAAAUACUGUACAGUAGGGGUGGGACAAAAAAUCGAUUCACAUAAGCAUAGUGAUUUUUUGUUCUAUGAUUUCUAAAUAGAUUUUUAUGUUCCAGGAUCUUCAAAUGUAAGAAUAAAUCUUAAAAACUGACUUACAUGUGAUGUGUAUUUUUGGGGAAAUAUGGUUUCUGGAAUAGUCAGUAGACAAUCAUAAUCAUUCAGCUGUUUCACUGGUGUUAAAGACGCGGACUAAAGAUUGAGAAAAUCGACAGUUAAAAUCGAAUCUGCUGUGUGGCCAGCAGGAGGCAGUGGUGAAACCAUUCCAUCAAAACCAACAUGUUUAGGAGGGGACAUAAAUGUAAAGUUCUUCCAUGCAGUCCAGGAAGAAAACUUGAAAGAAUUAACUCAAACAGUUGAAGUUAAGAUAAGCAAAGACUACUUUGUCCACAGGAGGGCGCCAAAAUUAACCAGAACUGAAAGUUCCUUACAGGAGCUUUAAAAUACAGUAAGAAAACCACAGUUGAAUUACACUGAAGGGAGACAUUUGUGACUUUCUUACUCUUUUAUAUACCACUAUAGAAUAGCAGAUAACAAAACGGUAUAAUUGUUCAUUUCAGUCUGCUUCAUAACCAGAAAGAGUGAAUGCACAUGAGGUUUCAGUCCCCACAACGCUGCCCUCUUUCUUAAAAAAUAAUCUCUAAAUCUACACCCACUUUCACUCUGACAGUGAGUUGCUGAAGCUUCACUGUUGCUGCCAGUUGCAGCAGCAGCCUUGUUUGCUUGACCGGAGCUUGUUGAGCUUGAACAGUGUGAAUGUCGCUCUGAGCAGUUCAAAGUUGCCAACGCAGCUCUUCUUCUCCUGGUUAUAUUCUGUAUCCUUAUCACUGCUGUAAAUUUGCAUCAUGUUGUCUUACUGGUGAACAGCUUCAAGCACCCAGGCUGGGUUUGCUGUUGCUCCCAGCUGAAUGACAGAUCCCAGUCGUGCCUCUCUUGCUCUGCAGCUCUUUGCCUAUAGGAGCUCUGUGUUGCCACGGUGGUGUCAGAACAAAUUGAGAUGGUAAUAACAAGCUUUUGUUCUGUUGUUUGUUAUCGUUGCUCUGCCGGGACUGCACUCAGAGGGACUUUGCUGGCUGAUGAUUUGAGGCAGGUUGAAAAGUCUGUACAUUUCACAUGAGGGACUGCAAUAUUAAAGAGCUUAGAGGCUACUUCAAAAUUCAUAAGCCUAUACCUAACAUCAGAACGCCGCAGACUUCACAGGACAGCAGCUGCUCAGACCUGAAUUUGCUUCUUUCCUGCUCCUGUUGGUGCUGCUGUGACGAGGAAGAGGACAGGGAAGUCAGUCAGUAUAUCCCACUGCUGUUUCUUUCGAAUUUAAGUUUAGACGACUGAAUCAAAAUUAAAAUGUUUUUUUUUUUUUAAACUGUUUAUGCAAUAUGUUUUUCUCUACUUUCAUACACUUACACUAUUGUGGAGACUAUUAGAUAGAAAUAGUACUUUAAGCAUUAAACUGACCUCUAACAUUGUAUUAAACUGAGGUGGAGCCAAACCUUUAAAGCCCUAUAUUGCAAUAUUUUGUAUGGCAAUAUUGAAUUAAAAUGCAAAAUAAAUAGUACUGAUUAACUCCCUUUAUGAGGAAUUACAAAAAAGAUUUUAAGAGGCUUUGCAGCAAACAAAGUUCGACUUCAGGGUCACAUUUUAUCUCAAUCUGCAGUGACUUGGUUUUGGGAACAGGGUGGACUGACUGGUUCAAAUCCCUGCAAAGUCUGGACCUUGAGCUUGUAGCUGGAGAGGUGCCAGUUUAUAUCCUGAGCACUGCUGAGGUGUUUCUUGUCCUUCACUGCUGAGGGAGCCGGUCUGUGUGUGUGCAGCCCCCUUCACUCUUUAUGCAGGUCUUGUGUGUUCAUGUGUGCAUAUUUCUGGCCUGUUUAUUUUGCGGGUACAAGAAGGUGUAAAAAAAUGUGUUCCCUGCAGGGAUUUGAAAUGUAUGCCUUUUCUCUCUACCUUCAGGGUCAUUAUCUAUGCAAAAAUAACACAAGGGUCCAUAAAUACUGCAUAUAUUCAUUAAAGCAUAUUCCCCACAAGGUUCCCUUAUCAUGCGUUUGGUGAGCCAAGUAAUACCCAGUCUGAAAUGUGUUUUUUUUGCAUACAGGUAAAUAACGCUCUUUCAUUGGUUAGAACUUUGCUCAGACUGAUUCAUGAACCCAUUAUUAUAACAGCUGCUGUAGAGCAGAUAUAAUAGCCAUUUGCUUUUUAAAGUGGUUUCGUUUUUGUGAAACCAAAUGAGAGUUUUGACCCCGUCCCUCCAUUUUCCAAUCAUCAUACAAACACUUCAUGUUAAAUAAACAAGCAGCUUGGUUUGAUUAGGAAUCAUAAUGUUCAUGGAAGGAGGAGAAAUGCUCAGUGUACUACAACACAAGAGCCUCACUACAGUUCGAAUUCUGAAAUACGUAAAGAAAACAGAGCGGUAAAGUACAAGGCAGCAUGAUGAACACUAAUAAGAGAGAGGAAUAACAUUAACUGUUAACUGUUGUAGAGCUGGUUGUGUCUCCAUCAGAAGACUGUCGGUUCAAAACCGAAAUCCCACCAAAAUAUCCUCAGACUAAACUCCCAAGCUGCUCUGAAUUGCUGUGCCAUCAGUGUGUACAUGGUUAGAUUGGACCGAUGGAGCUUUACAUAGCAGCCUCUGCCAUCGGAGUAUUAGACUCACUGAGCAAUAGAUGUCUAUUUUCUUUAGGCCCUUAUUUCAACCAUCUAGAUUCUGUAUAUUUUUAGACAGAAUUUAAAAACAUUGCACUUUAACACAUUAUUCAAUAACAUUUAGACAUCCAAAAAACUUUAAUUUUUAGACCUGUGGAAGCCUGAUUUUAGACCAGUCAUCUAGGCUACACUUGGACGUCUAUUAGACCUCUUAUAGACCAAAACAUGCUCAGUGGGAAGUGGUGUUAAUAGAUCAUGUAAUGUAAAAGUGAAGACUAGAGAAUGCAUCAAUAUAAACACAGUCCAUUUACCCGUCUAUUUUUACACUGAUGAGCUAAAUUAAGAUGGGAGUUUGACUCAACCCCAGGCCACCCUGUCCACUUGAACCACUUACAUCGUGGGCUAAUUCAGCUAGCCUACAUCGCCAUUUUUAGGGCCAGUGAUGUUGAAGCUGCUGUGAUUCACUCAUUAGCUGAAGGCUACAGGAUGUAUGCGAUUUUGGCUUUUGCUUUCUUUGAAUGUAUGGAAACACACCGCCUUAAUCUUGUCACACUGGCAACUUAGGUGGCUAGUCAACAAUUGUCCCUUACAGGUGAACAUGUUACCUACUUAGUUGUGUUUCGGUACAUCUGCAACAAGGGCUGUUCUCUCUCUAAUCUCCCGGCUGAGAAGAAACAUGUAGAUGGUUGCUUUGUGCAUCAUAAAGGAUGCUGGGAUAUCAUAUUUUGCAGACGGCUGCACAUCCCUAAAACAUUUUAAAGGAGUAUGGGUUAAAAAAAAAGCUGUGAAGUAAAACAAGGAUUUUUUUAGGAUGUCUGCAGGCUUAGCUGUGAGACUUAUAUCAUGGCUCUUGUUGGGGUGUUGCACAAAAAUGUGGGCCGAAAGCAAAGGUGGUCUCUGGGGGCCUCUUAACAACCGUUUAUGGGCCACUUCAACACAGGACCCUGCAUACUGUGUACCCCCUUUUUUUUCACCCCAGUUCAUUGGUGUUUAUGGCUCUCUGAAAUAUGAUACAACAUUAACCAAUAAAAUCUAAAUACAAGGCUAAUAUAAUUUGGAUUACACUUGUAACCAUGUGUUCUCAUAAAGCAGCCUGUAACCACCUUUAUUACUGCUCAUCUUCAGGUCUUAAAAGCUUUAUCAAUAUUUGAUAAAUCAGAGACACUAAUCCGCAUAAUAGGUAUGCUGUCACUACUUUCUCUGCAUGCAUGUGUAGAUUGCAAUAGAACAUAAUUUCUCUCCCACAUGCAGUGUUAGGAGGUAUUAAUCCGUCUGAAUUAUACUAGACAACAUUAAAAACACUGUAUGUGGGCUACGUGUUUGCAGGCUUAGUCUUGAAAUGUUGCUCAAACAGCAUGCUGCAUUUCUUUGAAUACAUAUAUCUUCGUGUGUAUGUGUGUGUGCGUGUGUGAUUAUGGAAGAGAUGCACUGAGAAUAUAGAAAAGUGCACCAUACAGAGAUAAUAGCAUUUAAUUAAUGGACUCAUGUUGCAAUCUGAACAUUUCCUGUUGAGCCACAAUGUUGCAUCAGAAAGUUUUCCGUGAGCGUAGCUAUCAGGGGAGACGUGGCCUGAGACUUAUUUGAUGUUGUGUUUCGCCUUUCAGGAAAAUGUCCACUUCACUUAAAGCUAAACUAUGACAGGAUCUGAACCACAAAAGUUAAAGUUAUAGGCAGAAUCAGCCCCCCUUUAGUCUUAACGUCUCUAUCCACCUGCGAGUAGAAAGCUAAUGGCUACAAGAGUGUGACUGCUGCUGACGGCAGCCACUUCACAGAGAGGUGGGAGGCCGAGUAAUUCACAGCGGGGUGCAAAGAGAUUUCUGUUUGUUUCAUUUAGCUUUCCAAUCUGGCGCGUGUGCUCUUCACACAGGAGUAAGCAGAGCGAGCCAGAAAGUGAAACAAGUAGUAAGCGUCGACUGGGCUGAGGAUGAAAGGUUGCUUCUGUGACUCAGCUUUUCUCUGGGAGUUAAUACAUCAUCUGAACGCUCUGAUUUUGAGUCUGCAGGGAUAACAAACAUGCAGGAUGCUGUAAUAUCCCUCUGAGCAGAACGGAGCCAAAUACAUGAAAACUGCGCUCAGUUAUCAAACCUGCCUCCGAGUCACUUUCCCCUGAGUGGUGUGCAUGCCACCUCCAAGCAGAAUUAACCAAGAGCUUUGCUUUUGAUGUUGGAGAUGUAAGUGAAUUAUACGACAGGUUUGUCCCUUUUAUCCCAGGAUGCCUCAGCUCUGCUUUGGGGCUGCAUUUAGCUUAGACCAAGUAUGACGCUGCAAUCUCUUUGACUUGUCUUUCAGAUAUAUCUCUGCUCUCUGUCAACUGCAGUAGACUGAUAAAUAUAGCCAGACUGCCAAUUAUUAAUUCUCUUUCCUAACAUACCAAACUUCAACAGAAAAACAGUCUCUGUACUUUAUAACCAGCUGAAUAGAGAGACACAGGGAUUGAAGUCUGAAUCAAAGAAAAGGUCACCGGUUUCUGCAGAGAGGUCACCAGAGAGAAGCUGCAAUUUCUCUUUUUCUCUUUUCCUUUCUUUUUUUGCAGGAUAUUGCUUUAGUUUUUGUUCUGUUUCUAUAUGUCAAUUUAUAAAGCUCCUGCGUCACAGCCAAGUUGUGCAAAGUUGGAGAAGAAGAUCCUUUAACACUCAGGGUAAAACUGUAGAUCAAUAUUUCUAUCAGUGCCGCAGGAAUUUGGAUGUAUUCUCUAAUAUAUGCUCAUUCACCAUGACGGAUUACUUCUGCACUGCUCAAACAAAUGUCAUCUUAUAAAACCUUCCCACAUCAUGAUUAAUAAAACAUCACCAAAUGUCCUCUUUGCAAACUGAUUAGAUUUUAGCCCGGGACAGAAAUUGAAUUUGAUAUCACAGCUGCAGGUUAACUCUCAAAGACAUAAAAAAAACUCUUCUCACUCGCUGGAGGAAAUGAAAAAUAAAAACCUCUGCUCAGAUCCAGAGUGUCAUCUCUUUUUCUUUCGCCUGAAGGUUCGUCAAGACAUAAAACACUCAAAAAUGUUCAUCUAAAAUGAUACCAGUUAAAUCAUUUUGAAUUAAGAGCUUUAGGGCGUCUACUUUAUCGUAUCAUUUGACUUAAUUUCUCUCACAGUUUGAAUGUUUGUGAACUUGUGUCAUCAUUACUCAGAGACAUAUAAUUCUGUCCUAAGGUAACGUUAUACUUUUAAUUGGUGUUCAGUCAUUAUGUCGUUUUUCUUUUUGUUUUUCCAUCAUUGAAAUUUUAUUUCCUCUGCAAGGUAUGACCCUAUAAUGCCAAAAAAGUUUAGACAUGGUGUGAAAAGUUUAUUUUUAAAGUAUUACGAUGAUUUGUAAAUCAUUUAAACACAAUAUUUGGUUAAAAACAUAUCAAAUGUUACACCUAAUUUUCUCUAAUCAAAAAGGAAGGCUCAUUUUUAAUUCAAUAAAGACUGUCUCCCAAGUAUUUAGGUGGCUUUGCAGCAGCUUUUUAACAUGAAUGGGUAUAAAAAAGACACUCCAGAGAGGGUCAGUCCCCUAGAAAUAAAAAUGGGAAGAGGUUCAUCAUUCUGUGAGAGACUGUGUUAGCAAAUGGUAAAUGAUCCUCAGAGUAAAAUUGCAAAAGAAACUAGGGAUUUCAUCAUCUACAGUAUAUGAUAUCAUUAAAAAUCUAGAAACCUCUUUGCAAAAUGGGAUAAGUCCAAAAAACAACACUGAUUGGUUGAGAUUUUAGGGCCUUAGGUGAUACUGCAUUGAUACCAGUCAUGACUCUGUAGUGGAAAUCACCGCAUAGGCUCAGAAUGAUGUCAGAUUGAUGAUGUAAACACAGUUUGAUGCAUCCACAAUUACAAGCUCAAACUAUAUAACUAGAGAUGGAAGAGGAAAGAAAAUAAGCUUCUUUAAGAUACACUGAUUAAAAGUUGACUUUCAUUACUGCAGCAUCUGCUCUUUAGAGGACAGUGACCACCUGGCUGAGUCCAAAGCCAACUUUGCAGAUUUAAGUUUUUGAUAUUGUUUUGAAAUUCAUUCAUCAAUCCAAAAGUUUACUAAUUGUUGGGGUGGAUUUCUAAGCUUUUCUGGGCUUGAGAGUCAUGUUGAAUAAUUUCAGCGACCUUCUCUUAGAUUAGACCUGUCAUUUCUCUGUGACACUAUCCCUUUUCAGUUUGUGAAGUCUCACUGAGAUGUGAAACAUUUUCCAGACAAACAGACUUUGUUCUGUGUCUGAUUUACUCACACUAUCUAUAACAAAUGAAGCAUCCCCUCUGGUGCAAAUUUAGAGCUCCACGAGGCAUGAAAUGAGGUUGGAUUCUAUUUCAGGCUCAGGGUUUGGGCAUAUUGAGUCGAGACAGUGGAGCAGGUUGGUGAAGAGGGCCUUUGAGAGUAUGUACACAUUCACUCCAGGCAGUUCUAGAACAGCUGGAAAGGACGGAGCAGGUAUGUGCCCACUGUCACUGUCAACUACUUUCAACUCUGCUAGAGUCUAGGAGGGAGAUGGUAUUAGUGAUGCAGGCUCAUGCUUACUUUUUCCCAGUAUCUCAUGGACAAACCAUUCAUAUACUGGGUUUUUAAACUCCUCAAAGACAGAGUAGAUGUACAGGCUUUAGUAGGCAUGUGCUCAUAUAAGCGUGCUCGGUUUACCAUCAACAAACAAGCGAAGGAUACAGCUCUCACUUUGUAGAGGAGCUUUUGUUCUCCUCUCUUUGGGGUGUAAUCAACAGCUGAGUGCAACAAGCCUGAGCGUGUUGUUUUUAGAAAUGCACUCUGAGAAAUGUAGGUGACAACGAGCUCACACAAAGGUGGAUGCUUCUCCUGUGAGAACACCGGCUCCUUUCAGAAAUAAGCAACUUUACUUGUGGAGACAUUUUAAUUUUACCAUACGCCCACAUGUACGAGCUCAUGGUGCAAUUGGAUUUUUCACUGGUGCACUAUUCAACAUCGUAGAAAGUGCCGCAGCAGAUGAAAAAACCAUUGUUCUUUCCUUAUUAUCAUAACUGUAUUUCAAAAAUGUAGUUAUGUAACAGCAGUCAACACAAGGAUUGCACUGGUGUGAUAGAGUAGAUUUGCUCAAGAGUUGUUUUGAAGACAUUUUCUCUCUUAUCUUUCACUUUCUAUUGUCUUAAAACUGCCGACCAACCCAGACGCAGUAAAAUUAUAACACUUUCUUGGUUUUCCUACUACUACAAAGAAUCAAUCGUGAAAUAAUGGCAUGAGUGUAGCAGAAAAUAUCUGCCAUGCAAAUAUUUUACACCGCCGCACACCUCUUAUAAUUCUUUUGCUCCUUUGUCACAGACCCACAAAGAUAAAUUCAUUGAUUCAGUGGGUAGAGACUCUCUUUUUGUGUGAUGUGAAGCUAUCGCGCUGUGUAUUCGACUGGAAGAUGAAACCUUUUCAACCUUGAUCUACUGCCUCCCCAUCUGUAGCCCUGACUCGAGCCAAGCGGCUGCACGCACAAAGCAGGCACAAGUCGUGUCAUGAAGGCUGCUGUUCAGUCAAGGGGCAAGAUCUAGAUCUCCUUCUGUAGACAGAGUCACUGUUACACACAAAUUUGUUCACAUGCACGUUCAUUCAAACAAAGACGGAGUAAAAAGAGAUAAAAAGAAAUGGAGCAGUAAAGUAUCUAGACAAACAUUUCAUUUCCCUGUAGGUUUAAACCUCAUUAAUGUUCUUAUUCCUUCAUGCAUACAUUUUUAAAAACACUCCUACAUGUUUUAGUGAUAUGCAUGACAUCCAACAUACUGAGAAAAAAAAUUGUUUUCCCAAGAGAUGUCAUCGCCAUGUUUUUAAUAUUUUAUGUAAAUGGCAUGAGGGAAAUACAUUUAUGAGUUUGGGGUUCAUACCACAUCCAUAUGGUGCACAGGCCAGCAUCUGGCAUGUUGUGUGAUUGGUAUUAUUCAGAGUGAAGGGGUAGGAAUGACUGCUGUGAUGGCGUUCAUUGGUUUUGCAGGGGUGUGGCCAGAAUUUUUGACUGGGGUACUGGCCUUUUGCAGGGGUGGCCAUGUAAACACUAGUUUGUAAAGAGAAUCAUAGUGGUGUCCACUUCACAUAAUCAUUGAUAAAUCUUCUCAGAGGAUAGAUGUGGUUCAAUAAAAUGUAAGUAAUGGUCAUGGCCCUCCCUGGUAGGGAUGGGAAUUGUUAAGAAUUUCUCGAUUCCGAUUCCAUUAUCGAUACUGCUUAUCGAUACAAUUCCUUAUCGAUUCUCAUUGAGUGAGAAAUAAGAUAAUACAAAUGGGUUUGUUCUCAUUAACUCUUUAAUAUUGUUACCUUUGGACAGUAAAUAUGGCAUAUCCAUGCACUAAUAUUUUGUGAUGUGACCUACCCUUUGACCCCAAAUUUGGUCACAGCUCAGUGGCAUUCGUUUGUCUUCACCUUUGUCAUUUUAGUCUUCCCUAACUCGAUAAAAGGGGCUACCAAAGGUGCGCGAGAGCUACCUCUGCAGCCUCUAAACUAGUGUGAGAGCCAACCUCUGAGCUAGCGUGACUCUGGCAGUCAUUGUCAUCUAAAUGUAGUUUGAGAUGAAGAGAGGGCUUAACAUGGCGCUAAAAUCUACACAACAGACAGGACCUGGAGGAGUUAAACGUUACCUUUUAGCAUUUAAAGCAGAUGACACUAAGACGUUGGCUCCGCUCCUACUUUUGCCUGUACCAGUCUCGCCUUCACUAAGUAGCGUAUCAAAUACGUUACACUUCCGCAUAUUGGAAGUAUUUCCCCCUUCAAUUAAAGUUUUGGAAGUGUUGCAAGUAGCUCCGGUAUCAUCUUUUCGUGUGAAAUACAGCCAAACUCUGGAGUGCUUUUGCCUCGACACCAUGCUGUUCAGUUCUGAACCAACUUACACUUCUCGUGUACUACACAUCACGCAUAGAUUCCUCAUAUAUUUCUAAGGAAUUGAAUCACUGGGAACCGGUUCUAAAAAAGAACGGGAUAUCCAUUCUCAUCCCUACUCCCUGGACACCAGCUUUGGCUUUGCUUCCUUUAAACCUGAAGACUGCAUCUACUCCUUAUGUACAGUGUACGUUGUAUUGGUGCCAAUAACUAAGGUCUUACCAUCCACCUCCAGCUGAGGCAUUGUUCAUGCAGGAGUUGUGAUCUUGUCUGCUCUCGAAGAAAGUCAGCAAAGAAAAGAACAAGCUCUCUAUUCAGGCCAAGAGAUAUUUUUGAGGGUGUAAUUUAGGCUUAUCCUGAUUAAAGCUUGACUACAGGCUGGGUAGAGUACAGAGCAUGUUUGCCCAGCUCUGUUUAAAUCAAACAAGGAGAAAAUAAAUCUGGCUCAACAUGUUUAAAAAUGUAUAAAGAUCUAUUCAUGUAUGCUUCGGAGAAGUGUGUUCAAGCUUUAAAAGAAUUUUCAGAUCUUUGAAAACAUAGUCAGCAGCGCAGCCUCUCAUCACAAGCGUAUCCGGGCCUUUCUUUACCUAUCUUUUGUACGGUAAAGACUUCCUCUGCUGUGUAACUUCACAUCCAUAAUUGAUCGGGAUGCAUAGAUCAUCUCACACCUGCUCCAGAGGUGCCACCUGUGCACGGUGGACUGGAGGAGCUGUAAAUCAGCUCUAACACUUUGAAGAAGAAAGCCGCAUGUCUUGUCGCUGUCAGCUGCUCAUCUUUGCUCUUGGUGUCAUUGAAAGUGGUGUAGAUUACCAUAGAAAGAGGUGCAAAGGCAGAGGAGCAAAUGAGACCGCCGAUUCAGGGGGUUUGAAACAGCACCAUGGAGGAGAGUCGGUCUCAGAUCACAGUGGGAGAUUUCUUCUAAGGCACCUUUACUACUUCCUGCACAGGGAUCAUUUUCUUAAUUGCAGGCAGACAUAUUUGAAUUUAUUUCUGAGUGGCAGUCUAGCUCAAAUUUAAGACAAUAAUAAAUAACAUCUUAAGAACUGCAGUUCCUUUGAUGGCCACUUGGAGUGGGCUCCAAGUGAGAGUCAAACCUCCAUAAGGUUUCAUAUUGAAACACACAAACAAACAAACAAGAGACUUUUCAGGGCACGCAAAUUAACUCAGAUUAAGAACUGACUGCAUCAGGACCUGGGACAUGAGGAGGAGGACUCAGAUGUAGGGUGGCACAUGUGUUGGUAAUGAAGACUUGAUUCAGACUCAAAGACAAGAAUUGAGAACUCGGCCCUCAUUUCAAGUCUUUUAAGUCUUGAUACAGACUUAGACUGCGGUAAUGAGGACUCCGCUUAGACACAGGAAAUGGGGACCCAACUCAGACACUGACAAAAACAAUGAGGACUACAUCUGGACCUGGACACAGGACACAACUUAGAGGUAAAGAGGACGCCACUCACCCCCAAUUUCCACCGCCUCCGGAACACCUCCCAAAAGGCCGUAUCCGCCGAUCGUAGCUGAUCGUAACCAUUCAAGUCAUUGUGUCAAUUUCCACGGGCUUCAUUCUGUUUGCUGCGCAUCGCCAGACUCUGCAGCUCUCGCAAGAGUUCUAUUUUUUCCGGAUGCCAGAGCAUGCCGGAUAAAUUCAGACCAAAUUAACCAGUGCUGGAAAGAAAGUCGGGCCGUUUCGGAAUGGAGCCGUUCCACUUGAGGUGGAAAUCCCGGGUUAGACUGAGACAGAGGCCAUUGGGACUGGACUUGGUCUUGAACAUGGGUAAUGAGAGCUUGACUUGGACUUGGACUUGGACACAGGUAACUUGGUUUUGGACUUGAAAUUAGACACAGCUGAUGUGGACUUAUCUCAGAUUGGGACACCAGAGAAGGGGACUCAUCUAAGAUACAACCCAACUUGAUCUCAGAUCCAAGUGAUGAAAAUCCGACUUGGGCACAGAUAAUAAGGACUCAUCUGAGACGCAGUUAAUGAGGACUCUAUUUAGACUCGGAUCUAGGUAAAAAGGACUCCGGCACAGGUAAUGAGGACUUGACUCAAACUUGGACACAUAAGAAAAGAACCUAACUGGGGUUCAAACACCAGCAAUGAGCAGUCAGCUUGGCCUCAGUAAUGAGGACUUGACUUGGACACCACCCUAGGUUAAGAUGAAUCAGCUUGAAAACUAGUCAUGAGGAUCAGACUUGGACACAGGUAAUAGGGAUUUGACUCAAAUUCCUCUCUGUUGACUCCACCUGGAUUAAAACCCUGAGGACUUGAGACUAGACUCAGACUUGGGAUUUGAUGACUCGACUAGAACCUUUUGUAUUUUCUGUGUUUUUCAGUAGAGUCUGAGGGAGUCAACCAGCUGAUUUGAAGCUGAUGACAAACGGAUGAUUCAUAAAUUUAUUCACAUGGUCUUUAAGAAUAUUUGAGACCACUGCCUGGUAUUGAUAGCGCUCAGUGUUUCUCAGAAUUAAUCUUGAGCAUAAUAGUGCUAACUCAAUAAAGGCUGCGGCGCUCACUCUUCCUUGUAAUGGAAAUUUUGCCAGUUAAAUGCCACAUCCUGUCCUGCUGUCAUCCCUUUUCUUCCUCCUCGGUCCUUUUAUCUGCCGUUAAUUAGAAGUGGUGAAGUGAUGACUCCUACCUCUGCGUAAUUAAUCCAGGGUCUACUGUGGCCAUACACAGAUGGCGCAUCAUUGUCUCUGUACGGCCACAGAAGAGCAGAGCUCAGGAACAGAAAGAGCAAAGUGUAAAUGAGGUUGUGUGAGUAAUUAGGGGGCUUAUACGCCGCAUCUUGAUUCCAAAUUGUUGCUCUAAACCACAAAAACACAAGCCCUUGUCAACUUCUGGUGGCUAGUGUAAGACCUUUAGUUUUAUUUUGUCUAUUUGGUUCACAUAUGUAGAAAAAAACAAGAGGCGAUUUCAAGUAAACCAGAGACAAUGGUUGAAAAGAGAUGAUUCCUGACACUUGCAUCUGAGCCAAGUGUCAGGAGUGAGUGCAGGGAGAGUGAAGGAGUAAAAAUAGAAACAAAAGUCAGCUCUAUCUAUAUCUGAGUCUCGUGGUUUUAGUGUUGGUUUGGGAGGAAAGUUACACCAACUGACCUAGUUAUGAAAAAGUUGGCGCCGCUGUCGUAUCCCUACGAUUCCUCUUUUACGCCCAAGCAAUCUCACUUUUCUGAAUUUACAUUUUUCAAUCAUGUUAAACUCUCCAAAGAAUUCAAGCUUUCCCUUUUCCGCCUCUUUUGCAUAUCCCAUCACCUUUACAUAAAGUCUGCAUUAAUAUUACCCUGCAUGGUCUAUAUCCUCUUACCCAGAGCUGUAUGCAGAGUAAGUGUAUAGCAGCAACCUGGAGGACUUGUAUGCAAGAGAACCACAGAUUAAGUUACCCUGCGGUGUAAAUCAAACGCUCCAAUUAGAGGAGGAAAGAAGCAGCGUCUGAUUCACACAUACUUAAAAGUGUGAAUGUUGUUUACUGCUGAAUUAAAACAGUCAAAACAAACUGGUCAUAUAAGUUCACCACUUGACCACCGUUAAAGUGCCUUUUAAAGCUGUGCCAAAUCAUGUCAUAAAAAGUGCUCCUGCUGCCGAAGCAAAAGAGAUUUUCAACCCUCACCCCUGCGGUUUAUUUUGGCAACUUUAAUGUUUUUAUUUACUCCGAAUAUUCUUACCAACCUUGUUCUUCAGCUAAAUAAAAUCCCUGAGUAUUCCAGCUGUGAAGCCUGCCCUGCAGCACAAAACAGACAGAUAAAGUUAGUAACAAGUAGUGGAAAAGUGCAGCUAAGGAGUCAGGUAUUUUCCCUCUGGAGCGGAUAGAAACAAAAGCCAGGCUGAGCGGAGAGCGAACUUCAGAUUUAAACUUGUCAGGAGGCCAAAGAAGAAACCUGCGAAUAAAUCGUCAUGCUGCUCUGUCUGCUAAAUCUCAAAGAGGCAAGAUGUUUAAAAUCAUGGCUCAUUUUUAAAGGAAGGUUAUACAAGUUAUUUAUACAAAGGUUUUCGCUCACUAACUUGUGCUUCAAGAUUUAUUCCCCAGCUGCAGUCGUAAAGAUGUGGCUCCAGCUGAAGUGUACAUUUGCUGUCUAAGUUUACUUUGUUUGAGGGACUUUUUACAGGAUGCAGAGUGAUGAAGUUACCUACUGUCACACAGGGCUGUUGUGAAAUAUUAACUGUGUUUAUGAAAAUUGGAAUUAUUGAUAUGGCACGUCAUAAAACUGAGGUGAGAAGAAAUAGAAGCAGCAGACUGUUUGUGAACCAGCCUGAAGCACCUCUGAGAGAUGAUUAUGUACUUUUAAAAGCUGAAAUUUAAAGAUUUACUGUCAAUCCAAAUGCAACAUUGGAUCUUAACCCUCUUUGGGUUGCUAAUCUAUUGAAUGUUUAUCCUUUUUGUUUGCUUUUUUAACAGUUUUCAUACAGUUCUGUAACUUACGAUCUCAAAAAGUAGCCUUUACUUCAAAAUAAACGCAUUUUGGCCCAAGUGUAAUUAACUUCAAAGUAAAGACUGAAACUUUGACACAAAUCAGCAGAAGAUGUAAUAAAAAUAACAGCAGCCAUAAAGUCCUUCAGUUAAUCAGAAAACGACUAAUAUUCAAACGAGAAGAGUCACUCUCAUGCAGUUCAUGUAGUGUAAACACUGAGUAAAUGUAUUACGCACAGCCUGUCGAUCUCCAGGGUCUGACUUAGUGACUCAUGUGGACCAGAGGCCGACAGUAAGAGAUGAUGGUGACUCACCCUACCAGUGUUAAUGUGUUUGUUUUAGACUUGAUAUUUAGUCCUGAAGGGAGAUAUAACUAAGGUUGACAUUUUUUUUAGAAAACACAGGAAAUAAUGUUCAAUUCUGCUGGUGCAGAUUUAUAUAAGUGAAAUAGAUCAUUGUUAUUGAUCAGACUGCUGCAGAUUUCAGUCCCUCGCUUAGUGAGUCCAACUUUUUCUAUGAUGAAAAACUGCACUUUGAAACUGUGAGAAAAGUAAAACUUUUUAUAGACAAAGUUAACCUGCAAAGCUGCAAAAAUCAGUUUAUCUUUCCAGCAUGAAAGGAAUAUUUCAUCUAUUUGAUUAUAAUCUGCAUGUUUUACUCCCAGAUUGACUGUUUUUUAUCUGUCUAUCAAAUAUCCGUCACGAUUGUAGGUUUUAAACUGCAGCUGUUUCAUGAAUAAAAGAAAAAGGAUAAAGCACUUACAAAUAACAACAUAUCCAUUGACCCGCUGUCAUUGAGUGCUGUGUUGCAGCAUCUCUUUGCUUUGCCAGCGGGGAUUACAUGUCAGGAUUACAUACGGUCCAGAUACAAGACUCUGCUGGAAGCAAAGAUGCACAGAGCAUCAGUUGCAUGUAUUUAACCCUUCAACCCUUCAUCUUGGUCAAUUUUUUUCCUUUUCUUAUCUUGCCUGAACUUUGAAACCUACUGUGUAAAAAAAAAAGAGGAUGUAAUUUAACUCUGGUGUGCUUUGAUUCUCUGCUCAGAUCCUUUUUAAUGCGACACUAAAUUCCCACACUCCUUCCCUACACCGUCAUGCAACAUCAGCUCACACCACCUUCUUAUUUCCUUCACCGGCGGUCUCUUUUUAUUGCAACAGGCCCGUCCUCCAUAAUGUAUGUGUGAAUGUUUGCAUCAGAGAGAGCUACAAUCCCAUCGACUAAAUUUAUCGAUCAGAUCGUUCCUCUCAAUCCUAAAUCUAUUCCACGCUCACUCACUCACUCUCUCCUCUCCAAACGCUGCUCCUUAUUUCACUUUCACUAAAACCAGGUGGUGAAAUAGAAAAUGAGAAUGUGUUGCCAUUUCUGCCAAAACUCCUGCAAAGCAAACCUGACUCUUGGGAUUAAUUUGGAGAGAGUUUCUGUAAGACGGGAGAGGCAAACAGGCGCAGCCACGCAUGGCAUGUGAGGAAUAGCUCUAGUAAACAGAUUCAUUCAGUCCAGUGUUUGCAACUCUGAAAUCCCAGUUACACACGCCCAUAAUGGCAUGUUUUUCUUUUUGCAUGACAGGAGGACAUUUUAGUCUCAUUAAGAUAAGCUUGCUCGAGGUGAGUACAUUUGGAUAUCAUUGCAACUCCAAAGCUCAUUCGAGAGCACUUUUUAUUCGCCUGUUUAGCUACUUUUUUUCUUCAACCUCUUUAGGCAAGCUUUUCUCGAUGAUCAAUCUCCCCUGAUGGUCCUGAAUAUCAUAAAAACACCGUUCAGCAUCCUCAUGUCUUGGUUUAGAGAUGGAGAACAGUGUGUAGCACAGGAGCGGUGGGGGUUGUGACGGUGCAGCCCGGGGCAAACCAGCAGGGGGGAAACAGAACAGUUGAGCCUCCAGGAUAUUGUGCUUGGUGCUGCCAUUGGUGGAUCGGAUUUAUUCCAUCACCAUGCCUCCAUGCUGACACUGUGCAUCACUUAUCAUGGAAAUGAAGUCAAUAUUUGUGACUGAAUAAAGCCUGGGAUCAUCAGAUUUAAGGAUCAAAACAGCUCCCGUGGUUGAAGAUUUGACGGCGCAGCAAGCAGCCUGUGGUUGGAAAGUCAUUCCUCCAACUUUUGAACAUUUCUGCACAUUCAACAGUUUGAUCCAACCUCAAGUGUUUGUAAAUAGGCAUUAUGAAAUGCAAACAUAGCUGUGUAGCUUUCUAGUAUCAUCUGUUAUUGCUACCCUGCCAGCUACCCAAUCCAGCAUUGAUGGCCCCACUGCUUGUAAUCACUUCCUGGAGACUCCCACCAACCCCCUUCAUGUAGCUCUAAGUUGACGGUUUUCUUUAAAGGUGUUGGCACCGACAGGUCUUUUUGGCUUUUGUACUCAGCCUCAAGAGGACCUAGGGCUGGGCGAUAUGGCCUCGAAUCAAUAUCACAAUAUAUUGAGCAGUUCACCUCGAUAACGAUAAAUGGACGAUAUCUACUCCACAAGCUGCUCACCCCCUCCCACAUUUACUUCGUCUACUUCAGCUGCUACAACUUUUGAACCGUCCUCCAUCUCCUCACCUGUCUUUCCCUCUUUGUUACGGACUGGAUGGGGUGGAGUCACAUCUCUGACAUAGGACAGCGUCUUAAAGCGACAUGAGACCAUAGCUUACCGACACACAUCUAAAACCAAUUUUUAUUUAUUUAUUUUUUUGACACCAAACAUACUGACAUGGGCAAAAUGACGUCAGUUAUUGUUGUAAAUUUCUGUAUUAGUAUAUUUUCGGUUUAUCGCCCAGCCCUAGGAGGACCCUCACAAAACUGCAGUUUAUGUACUCUCUCUCUCUCUUUCUCUGCCUUCAUUUUCCGACAGUAGAGGUUGCAGCUUGGAGUCAUUUAUCACCUUCCAGGUAGUUGCGCUUGAAGUGUCCUCUCUCUGCUCUAUAUUAAUUCAUAGGUUAAGUAUCAGGCUGCAGGUCAAAGCCUCUUUGAAAAUGCAUGCGGCCUGUAUAAGCGAUUUUUAAUCCCCUCUUUCAAUGAGAUUUUAAUGUCCUCUCUCAUGGUGUUUUAAUGCUUUGUGUGAAUGGCCCUUUUUUAUGCUGAAAUGGGCUUAAUGGAUGAACUUGCCUCGUCUUUGUGACAGCUUAAAUGGCCAGGAUGUCACUGUAGAAGCAGAAACUGAAAAGAAAAGAGGAAAGUUUUAGUUAUUUACUAUAACAAGCGCGGCUCCUCAAAACUUCUGAACAACACAGGAGGGUAACUGUGAAGAAUGAGCUGCAGAAAACAAACCUACUGGCACUGAAACUUUUUCCUUUAGGCGGCUGCCAACAUUAGUACAGUUUGCCUUAUUUUCAAUAUCAUUUUAUAAAUAUUGACUUGGAGUUUUAUUUGCAUAAUGUGAGCUUGGUGGUAUUGUUUAUUUUUUUGUGCAUUGACCAUAUUGUAAGAUAGAUCAGCAAAAAGGACAGAAUUGAGUCCUGAUGAUGGACUUUGCCAACUAUUACAGAGUUAAUAAAAAUAUAACUUUUUUUUAAGCGUGUUAAGGGUGUUGGUAGGAAUUAGUCACCAUACAACAUAUCUACAGAGAAGCAGGUCCCUUUCGUCUCUAUAUUGCCCCACCAUGUUUCUUCAGUGGCACAGAACAGACAAGCUAGAGACGAACAUGGUUUUGUUUUUAAUGAGUGGCUGCAGCUGAAAGGUCAAAGUAGAAGAGAGAAGUUUAAAGGUGCUGUGAGGAACUUUCAGUCUCUGUUGACUUUGGCGCCCCCUGUGGAUAAAAUGGUAACUCCUAUUAUUGAGGAUUUUGUUUGAAACUGUUGUUAACUGACAAAAAAAAAACUUUUGUCUUUUUAAAAUUAAAUAUAUGACCCAUCUUGAAUAUUUUGCUGCUUUUUUAGUGUACCUACCCCCUCAGCACUUAAGCAUAAAUAAUGAUAGUAUAGACAUUGUGAAUUUCAUCAUCAUUGGUCCCAUUAGCUUUUGUAUGUUAUAGAGUUGCAUUACUGUUAAUUUCAGCCCAUUUCAUAACCUUUCAAAAACUCCUUACGGAAGCUUUAAACUGUAAUUUGUAUUGAUAGAAAUUUUGAUGGAUUAAAUCCUGCCUUUCGUUGCUGGAUUAUGAGGCGAGCAAGGGAGCAUUUUUAAAUCAAGACUCUAACUGACUGAUCUGGCUAAAUAUUCCUACAACCAAACACUGUACCUUUUAAAUACUGUCAUUAUGGCGUUUUGACCACAUUAUGAAAUAGAGACUACACAAUAAGGUUUACACGAUUGGAGGAUGAGUGAGUAAAUUCCUGAUGAUGACAAAAGUUGGUUUAUACAAACUAUGAAACUAUCUUAUGUUGGCGUAACAUGUAGAGAAGUUUUAUGGGAGAAAUGGUCUGCAGUGCUGCGUAGAUUAAACAUUAGGAAAGGAAAUAUCAAAAAUCCAACAGGUGUUUGGGAAUCUCUGCUUUUACGUAAUUUCCCAGUAUUUGUGCUCAGCUAAAAUGAUCAGAAAUAAAACACUACUGCCGCAAUUAGACAUCAUGAUGAUCUAGAUUUGUCAUCUCCCAUCUGGCUUAAACAUAUUUCCAAAAAAAAAAAAAUUCAAACUAAUCUUUGAAAUUACUGUAUGUCUUUGUGAGAUGAUGAUGGUUUAUGCACGCGCUGCUGUGAAUGUGUGAGGGAGUUUUUUCCUCAGAGAGGUCAUAAAAAACCACACAGCCUGAGCAGAUCUGUCAGAGAAAGAGGUGGAGGCUCAGAGGAAGAACAACAAAGAAGCUGACUGGAGGGAUCUAUUUCUAGAUGAUAAAGGCUCCCGUAAUGCUUCUGUGGGCUGUGGAGGCUGUGAUAGGCUGGCUAAUUGGAGUCUCUGCUUGAGAAAAAUUAGCAUCGAUGAAUGUUCGACAGCUGGUCCCUUUGGUCUAAAAAGGUUCAAAGGGGGAUAAUCUUUACUGAAGACAGAGCAGACUCUAAAAACACAAAGAAACACAUGUGGACAUAAGCCUACAAAGAGGUGUCAAACUCUAGUUUUUGAAACCUCACUUGUUGAAUCGUAACUCUACCACAGAUUCAUAUUAAUAAGAAGUAAACCGAUGCCUGGCUGAGUCUCUCCAUCUCUAAUUCUCUCUCAUGGAUUAUUGGCGUGCUCAAAGGAGUUUCACUAAUAACUGAGUGUAAGCAGUUGAUUUCUUCAGGAACACCAAAGCCACGAGCAAGCGCAUCCAACCGUCUCUCUGGUUCAUUACUGCAUGAAGGGCCUCAUAAAUAGUGAACAAUAACCCGAUAGCGUAAGCUUGCAUAACUCCCUAGACAACAAGUUUUCAUCUCUCCUGACUGUUGAAGAUUGAACGCUUUAUAAAUCUUGACACAGUUUAUUACAAACAGUUCAGCAUGAUAAGCAGGACAUGACUGGAUUGAUAAUUUGUGUUUCCUUUCUUGUGUUUGACUUUAAAGCUCAGUAACUGUCAAGGCUUUGUGUUUCAGCUUGAUUUACUCAGCAAACCCUGACAAAGCGCAGUAUUUUGGGAUUUUUGUGGCUGUUCUUUGAAGUGUUACAGGAGGAAAAUCUCUGUAUUAUCAAAUGAGUCUCAUCUAAUAAGAUCAUAUCUAUCUACUCUCUUGAACUACCAUGAGGGAAACUCUUUGCAGCAUUUAGAAAGAAAAUACGGAGCCCGGGAGAUGACAUGAACUUUUAUUUUUAUUCGCAUGUGCAAUUUAGUAUCUUGUACAUGCGUUUUAUUUGUAUCUUGCACAUGCGUUUUUGUAAACAAUCCUCUGUGCGCCUAAUUUGUGAAAGAAGAAGGACAGUGUCGUGGACAGAGAGCAUAUUAUCAACAUUUUCUUUCAUUUAGGUAUGACUCACUAAGAGAUUCUUUGUAGCUUAGCCACAUUUGGUAUAUUGUUGGGUAGGAGGCACCUCAUCAGGAUCCUCAAAGCACAGCGACUUUGCCAUCAGCGAUGUUUGGACUCGCAGAAAGUGAUUUUGUUUAUAAACGAACAGUUAAAUCGCACCUGAAAUAUAACAAAAAGCAUGUGCGAGAUACAAACUCACACGUCUUAAUUGGAAAAAAAAAAGUUAAUGUCACCUCCCAGGUUCAGUAAGAAAAGGAAAAAGCAAAAACAUCCUUUUUCAGGCAGAAAUCUCGAGCAGAACCAGACUCAUGUUGGACAGCCAUUUACUGAGACUGGGUUAUGAUUUGAAAGGAGAAAUGAGAGAUGAACAGAGACAAUAGUUUCAUUAUUCAUGGUACAUUCAAAUUCUUUACAAUUGUAUACUGAGGAAAAUGUCACAAUUUUGCUUGUUAAAUCAUCCCACAAUCAUCAAGAUACGUCAAUUAAAAUGAGAAAAGUUCGUCCAAUUUUUGCUGGAACAGUUGAAAAUGUGGAUUCUGUCAGAGUCAUUGUGAGUCAUCCUCUUAGAAUAAUACAAUUUCAUGAAUAAAUUCAACAUUACUCUGGUUGGGGUUUGAAUGUGAAGUUUUUCUCACAGUUUCUUCGAAGGAUUAGAGAUAAAGGUCGCCUUCAUUUUGCUUCAGUUUUAUCUGACUGUUCGGUGUCACAUGGCCUUAUCAGAAAACCAAGAAUAUUUUCCCUGUGAAGCACUCUUGUAGGAUUUAAUUGAAGUGUUAAAUCUUGAGGUCUGUAAGGGACUACAGUCAUUUAGUUUGAGCCGUGAUAGCGAGGCUUUCCCACUGAUGCCACGACAAGUCAUUAUUAUAACCCCCAGCCCCCUGCGCACGAAGUAUUCACUGUGGGGUCAGGAAAUCAGGCAAUUAAAGUAGACGUGGACAUGUAUGAGAGCCGACAGCCAAUGGGGGAGUGCAGAAGGAGCCAGGGAGGCUUGAAUCUCCUCCUCACCCCCUCCAGCGGCUGACUGGUCCACAUCCCUCAGCCCGCUACAUGUACAGAGUACCCACUUAAUCACACUGCUUAAACAAAUCAAGCCAACGCACAAGCGUCCAAUAGUCUCCAGUGUUUACUUCGCACAAUUACCCCGAGCUUUAAGGGAAAUACUUGAUACUGAUAGAAUUGGAAAAUGAUUCAAGCAUUAAAAAGCAGGUCCUCUUACCCAAAUACACAGUUUUUAAGAGCUUUUUGCUGCUUUUGACUGCAUAUGACCAAAAAUAAACUAGAUCCUACUAUGCCCUUAAACUCUGAUGGCAAACCUUUCUGCGGCGAGGGAUGAUGCAGCUCGGCGGGGUGAAAAUAUACUGAUAUCAGCACAUGAAGGCAGUUAAACACAAGUAUCAUAUUCAGCAAACCAUUGGACACUGAUGAGCAUGGACCCUGUUCAGUCUUCCUGUCUCUAGUCGGUUUCCAAAACGAUGAAAACAAGGGGGUUGUUGUGAGACAGGCUGUUACCUGUGAAACGGGGGUGCUCUGAAAACACCCCCAUUAGCAUUUGGUACGUUCCCCCUGAUGAAAUUAACCAUAGACUGUAAAUUGACGCAAAAAAAAUGGAGUUGAUCAAUCAUAAUUUUGGUCGACUCAAAAAGUAUUGACCAAUGAGUCAACUAAUCGACUAGGACCUUAUAGCCCUACUUUUUUUGAUGCCUUUUUUUUUGUACCAUGCAAUACACUUCAUAUUAUCUGCAGUGCAAUACUUCUUUUCUUUGCAUUACACAAUCUGUUUUUACUCUGUUUUCACAGUUGUUCAUGUUGUUUAAACCGUUCCUGGCUGGACUCUGCACAGUCUGACAGCACCUAUUAAGGCAGUAUCUUAGCUUCAUGUUUCACAACAGGAGGGGGCAGAGAUGUAAUAUCCACAUAACAGUUAAAACUUUAAUCUGUGUACUGGAAUGAGGGAGGGAAAACCGUAUAGGGAGAGAUAACGUAUAAAAACACAGUGCUAAGAGAGAAGAACAAAGAAACUGACUGAGUUGAUCCAUUUCAAGCUGAUGGAGACGCCACACUGCCCCUGUGGGCUGUAAUAGGCCGGCUAAUUGGAGUAAAAACUGGUAUUGGUGAAUACUUGACAGAUGAUCCCUCGAGUCUAAAAUGCUUAAAAUUGGAAUAAUCCUUACUAAAGAUUGCUUCCAGUCAAAGCUGGAAACAUUAGCAGUAAUUACCUUUCCAACAAUCCUGAGCAUUUUCUGUCGUGAUUUUCUCUCAUUUGUUUCUUACAGGAACUUUAUUGGCUCAUAUUGCUAAACCAUGAUAGGAAAAAUCACAUCUGAACAUCUCUCGGAAAGAGCGUCGUAUUAAAAACGCUUCAGAGAUCCCGAAUGCACAGAGCAUUUAAGACUGAUUUUAUUAUCUGUGCAGAAAGUUUAAAAUGCUGUCAGUGCAAUUUCCAAAUAUCGAGCUCCUCUUUCCUUUUCCUCAGAGUGAAUUCUGGGUAAUUGCGGUGGAGAAUGGAGCAUGAUUUCAGGUGACAUUUGUCUCCCUUGUUGCUUACACCACACUUCUCCCUAAUGAGAACCUGCCUCACUGUUAUGAUAAAUCCCCUCAUUUUCGGCAACUCUGUCCCGUGUUGAUGAAGGGAGCCGCUCCUCCAUAAACCCAAUAACUAGCGCACAAAACGAUGCAUUUACAGCUCUGGGGACGCAAGGGCAUCAAGUUCUAUUUUUGUCCGGCAGUGACUGCUCGCUGUGUGCCGGGAUGCUCUCACACAUUCUGGACCGGGUGAAGAGUGGAGCUGGAGAGAGAAAGAGCGUGAAUUUUACACGACUGAUGGUGCUUGCACACCUGCUCGUGGCCUUUUGAAGGGACUCCAACCACCUGCGGCUGUAAUGGAUGGAGAGGUUGGAUUGCAAGUGAUCAGAAAGUAGUUUGAUCAGAGUUGAAAGCGACCCGGCUGGACUGUGCUCAAUCUGAACACUUCAAAGACUGAAAAAGAUCUGAACGUGAUCAAUAAACAUGAUUAUACCGAGCAGAACUGCUUUCUUCUUUCUGUUUGGCAUGAAAUCAAUACCGUUCUCCCUUCAUGACAGAGAGUUCUGUAUCAUCACCGCUGAAACUGCCGACUAUAUUUUACCAGUAGCUACAAAUAUGAACUCUGGCUCUGGAUUUCCUGCCACAAAAAGAAGCAUUUAAUCUCGUUUUGGUCAGUGUGCCAGCCUCAAGAAAAAAACAAUUCAUUUUGCCAAAUCUCUUCCUAAUUGAGUUGCUCAGUCUCACGUGUAUUACCUGACUCCAUUGUGCUCAGGAUGUUCACAGCUCUGUCGGCAGUCUCAAAGGCACCAUCUGUGAGAGUGAUGAUGAGUUAAAUCUUUUAUUAAAAGGGGGAAUCCAAUUAUUUUUAAACCUGGGUGCUAUUUUUACAUUCUCAGACUCUAAAUCACAAACCAGUUGAAUGUAUGUCUCCUGUGGACCGGCACAAACCGGCUGAAACGUAAUCCUUGGAGGUACACGCUAUAGACCUGCAUCUGACAACAUAACAGGGAAGAUCUCCAUAGGGAUAUCUAUUUUUGUUAAUCCUUCAUUUAUCAGCUCAAAACAGCUGUCGCACCAGCUGAAAAACACAGUAAAUCAGUCAGGACCACUUUCAUCGAAGAGAAUGAAAUAUUAUCACCCAGUAAGGUAUAUUUGGUGGUAAUGAGUGUGUGCAUGAAUGUGGCACUGCAGCAUUAAGCAAGGAAAAUCUUCUACAGCAGCUAAAGAUCUGCAGCAGAGAUCCAGAGGACCAAGGGACAUUAAAUGUGACAUGAUGAUUCAAAGUGAAGAUAGAGGAUAGAAAAGGGGGGAAAGGUGUACAAUGUGGCAGUACCCCCAGCAAUCUCAACCUAUCGUGGCAAAAUCAAGAGCUGGUCAAGGCCUGGACCAGCUCUAUCUAAGCAAUGCAAGAGUUGACAGGCUACACCAGUUGAAAUGGGAGGGCUAUUUUGACAUUUGUUAGUUGCACUGAAGGUACAAAAUGUUAGCUGUCAGCUCAUCAAAAUCAGCUGAGCUUGAUUUUAUGGCUUGUUUCUACACUUGAAUUUUAUAUUGUUGCACAGAAGUCGCUACUCUGAAAAAUAAGUAACUAUUAGAUCUGGAUCUGUUAGGUUUUAGUGUUACUGUGUGACUUCGAUGUCUACAAUAUGCAGUAUUAUAAGAAACAAACUAACAAGUCAAAGCAGUGGCAGACCAACAGACGCUGUGGUCACCAAGUGUAUUUUUGAUUGAUUCUGUCAAUGACUUCCUGUGCCCCUGAGAGGGCUGAUAUUUUGCCUACUCAUGUUCUUAAAUAAGUACCUCACUCUUCGACUACAAGAUCUGUCCAAGUUGAAACCUCUGAUGUUGAAAAACCACUACAGCAGGAUUUCAAGUGUCCACUUCAGGCUGGCUGCAAAAGCUGAGAAAUCCUGAUUAAGUCUCAUAUUUAAAGGGAACUUAUGUUUACAGCUCAUGUCUACAGCUGCUUCAAAGUAUGUUAAUUUACUUAUACACUCACUUUAAGGAGGUCUAAUUAAUCAGCAACCGUUACUUAGAGUUAUCUAUUAAUUAGCGAAAAUGGGCAUUAUUAUAAUUAUUAUUAAGAUCCAGUAAAGCUGCAGCUGGUGGUAAAUGAAAGCUGGUAACUGGACAUCAGUUUAAACCAUCCUUGGUCAUAUAGUCGACAAAUGCAGGAGUUUCAGGACUGACCUGACAGUUUCCUUGGAUGUUUUUGAAGGGCUUAUUAAAGGUUUGCUCCAGCGCUGUAAUACUUUCUGAGGCAUCCAUCCACAGAAUAAAUACUCUCUGCAACCCUUUCAAUCAGCAGUAACUUCCACUCUUUUCAUUUCUGCAUCCUAACUAGAAAAGGGUUAGAGAUUUCCCACUGGAGGGAUGAAUAAAAGCAUUUCAAACACUCAGGCAGAGAAGAAAUUCUGCGGUACCUUGUUAAAAUUCACAUUGCUGAAUGUUGCUAAUGGUAAUUAAGUUUUGUAAACUGUCAGGAUGUGAAAUGCAUCAGUAUGUGAAAGCUGCCUUCCGCUGUGAUAUAUUAAGAAAUGUAUCUGUUUAUGCCUCAGGCUCACAGACGAUAGAGUGUACUUCAAUAAACCCUGUCUCGAGGAAAAAAAUGAAGGCUUGAUUUUCUUCACUUUUUAAUUUUUCAACAGUGGUACUUUUGAAAACCAUCAAUAAAGGUUAUGAAAUGAUCCUACUCUGAUGUAAUGUCUCUUCAGCCAAAGCCUCAUACAGCUUGUUUGUCAGGACAUAAAAUCUCUGCAGUUGUUUAGAAACAUUAGAAACAUUAGAAACAUGAUCAUAAUGAACAAAAGCCCUGUAUAUGAAGUGAAUCCUGAGUAUUUCUGGGCUUUUACAGUCCUAAUCAGAGAAACAGAUGAGUACUGAGCACCUAAAAUUUAUCAACAAACUCACAAUAAGCAUUUAAUCAUUGAUUGCUCCAAAGUUGAACUAAAAAUGGGGUUUGGUUUGACCUUUUGGGAGAUGAAAAUAAAUGUUUGACUUAAUUCAGAAGAUGUACUUUGAAAGAAAGCAAAGGAAAUAAGAGUUUAUUAGUAUAGCAGUGAGAUCUAAGAUGAAUUUCUACAGGAAUAAACAAGUGAUCGUAUCGUAUCGUAUCGUAUCAUAUCAUAUCGUAAAGCUCCUUCUGAUCUAUUGGAUGUUGUUGUUGCUUCAUAGAUAUCAGACGAUUCAUCAGAAAUGCCGUCAGACUGGUUAUGUUGUGACUUAAACGACGAUUGGAAAAAUACUUAAAAUACUGGGGCAGUUACUCAUUUUGUGCAAGUCAGAUAAACCUUGUUAAUUAUCAUUAAAUCUUGAUUAUUUAGAAAAACUGUUCCAUAAAAAAUCUCCUAUAAUGCCAAGAUAAAUAGUUAAUUCAGAAAAAAAAUGUGUCUUUAUUGUAAAUUUUCAGCUCUAUGCAGAUGACAAUGUAAUGUAUAUAGUACAACACACUGAUUGAACUCUCAUUUGUUUAUAGAUUGCGUUUAAAACUGUCCAACAACAUUUUUAUGACCUAACACUUGUUGAAAUUAUAAAAGCUUAACUUCAAUUCCUGAUUUUCUUCAGGGCCACUUUCCUACUAGUGUUGGACUUUUGUGAUGCCUUGGAGAUGCACACCUCUUCUCAGAGUUUGCCUGCUCUGGACACUGUAAUCAUGUUGCAUUGAUGUUAAUCUCUAAUUUCAAAGCCCUCUCUCAUCACUCUCUGCUUUAUGAACGUCUUUGUCCUUUUUGUCUGCACUCAGACUGAAACACUGGCAUCUUCCUAUUUACACUCCCUAUGCAGCUCUGCUCCCUUCAUGCCUCUUCACCUCCGUCAGACAGAAGAAUACAGGAAACUUUGACCUUUUCUUACGGUCUGUUUCAAAGGUCAGAGCAAAGUUUGCUGCUCUCUUUUUAAAAAGAGCUGAAGCUAAACGUACUGGUUCCAAUGAGCAUUUGGCUUUAGGUUUUCUGCUGGAUAUACUUUUGAUUUUAAUAAAUUUGGAUAAACAUUAGCGGUCUCAUUCUGUUACGUAAUGCCUUUUUAAUACACUAUAAACAUUAACUUGCUUGCUGACAAAAAUUUGGUAGUCUGUGCUACUUCCUGGACACUCUGUCUUCUUAUUGAGUUUUUCUCAUAGUUAAAGAAAAAGUAAUAAAAAACAUAGUGUGUCUAAGAUCCUGUCAAAACACAGAAAAAAAAGAGCCACCAUACUGUUUGUGACUAUUUAUGUAGGUGUGUGUGUGUACUGUAGUGUGGAGGUUAGUUCAUCUAGAAUCUGUCAGGUUCGUUCUGGUCCUCUAGAUGUGUGUGUCUGUUUUGUUAUAAGUCUACUGUACAGGUGUGUGUAUGUGGGUCACAUCGUCACCUUUCAUUACUGCUGCCCCACUUUCUGCUCCACUGCUGAGCUCCUCUUUGAUUUCUUGGUCAUUUUUCAUCCUAAGCCUGAACAGAUGUCUUUAUGUGAUAGUCUCAUCAGGUGUUACCGUACGUGUGGUCACAGUGCCCCCUGCAGGCGUACCUCGGGCUCUGCAGUGUGAGGAUACUGCCUCCACAGGUGUUUUCAGAGCUGCUGUCAGUGAGAGAAAGCCUGUUUGACAACCUAUUAUUUUCAUUUUAAUGAUUUUUUAAAAAUAAUUAUUUGUCAAAUCAAGCCAUCGAUAUAUCAGAGAGUCCAUGUUCAAGGCCUGGACCUGCAUAUUAUUCAGUUCUUGCCUGUCAUGGGUGCCAUGAAAUGCAACGCCCUAAAGAUUCCUCUCUCUCUCUGAGAAACAGUUUUGUGGUAGAAAGGAUAAAUUUGCAUAAUGUAAUAUGUUUUGAACUUUGUGCUUACACUUUCAGGCUCUGGUAAUUGUCAGGCAAAAUUGCAGAUGGCAGAGAGAAGCUUUAGGAAGCGCUGCUCUAUAAUUACAGCAAUUUAGAACAAUUUGAAUAUUGUUAAGGACAGCGAGAUGAGAGAGGUUUAAAAAGGGGCAACUUCAGCAAGAAACAGCUGAGAGUUUCAGAUUCACCGAAACUCAGAACAUUAAAAAUGCAUCAAAUGUAAAGUUUAAGACUGACCAGGCAAUAAAUUAGAUUAAAACUCGCUCUAAUUCACCUCUCAAAUACUAAUUUGUACUAUAUAUUAUCCUGAACUUUAAGUCAUUCAGACCAUAUUGCCAAAUUUCAAGUCAAAAAAGUUGAAUAGUUAUACUGAACUUUGACUACAGGGGGAGCCAGCGCCAUUUUAUAAAGAAAACUUGUUUUUUCUGUGGAAAUAGAUGAGCAUUUGUUUUCAACCAAGGGUCAGUAUCUUUACUAAGUAGAAGUCAUGUAGCUGUAUCAAAAAUAACUCAACAUGUAAUUCAUAACCUCUCUAAAUUAAGUUGGUAGUUUCAUAUCAAGACCUGCAGAAGUAAAGUGUAUGGAGGGUUGAGCACUGGUUCUCAGGUUUGGGUCUGGGCCCCCAAUGAGGGUUUCUAAAGGUCUGAGGAGGGGUGUGAGGUUUUGUCUACUUUAUCGGAUAUUUUGGGUAAUUCUCCCCGUGGAUAAAACUGAAUGUAAAUGAUGAUUUGGUAACAUAUUACCUGAACACAAUUAUAAUACAUUAUAUGCACAUUCAAAAGGACUUAUUAGUGCAUUUAUUAGACUUUAAAACAAUCCCUAUAAGUGAUUAUAAACCUUCAUGUGAACUGAGGACAUGCAAAAAAGUCUUAAAGGUUGUACGCAGCAUAAUAGCAUAAAUGGCUGAAACUGAUGAUUGACAUGGCACAGUUAUUUGAGCAAGCAUGGAUUGACAGAUAUAUUAGAUCAGAUAUAUUAAUGUUGCUGAGGCAGUGGAGGCCCCUAGCAUUGACCCACAAGUCAUACAUUAGGCUACCAGAGGAAUUAUAUAUAUAUAUAUAUAUAUAUAUAUAUAUAUAUAUAUAUAUAUAUAUAUAUAUAUAUAUAUAUAUAAAGAAGUGGCUGUGUAUAAAUGAGUUUUUUUCUUCUGUCAGUCAGAAACUUGCCUUUUGUAAACAAGAGCACAAGUUUGAUUUGCUGCAGGAAGUUCUGCUGAGUUGGACAGAAACUCUUUCAGGGAAGUGUGUAAUAACUCUCCUGAACAGUUUGCCAAAAGUGAAAUUAAUGGAUAUACUUAAAUCAUUUUACAAACUCAGGUUCAAAUCAUAGUACUCUAUAACCAGCUGUUACAGAUAUGAAAGUUUAUCACACAAGAUAUUGUCAUCUGGGCUUUGUUAAGCGACAUGAGUUAUUGCCUUAAGGUGCGUAUAAUUUCACAGAAAACAAACCUGUAGUUUUUAUAAACUUCCUCCAACAACAUAAAAAACCUAAUCUUACUUUCCCUCCUUUCAUUUUAUGGCCCAAAGUUUUUAUAGUCUCACAAAAUUCAGGAGUACUCUACGAUAGCCAAUAGUGUAAAUCUAGUUUAACGACUUUUUUAAUGGUGUGUAGUUCGCCAACCCUGGCAACAACUACAUGCUGAUUUUAAUAUUGGCUUUAACUUGUUAUUUGAGGGUCCAUAUGUAACUUACACGUGAGUAAAUGAGAUCUCCUGUAGGAUAGACUGUAAUUUCCAUGUAUAAUUUUCAAGCUGUCUCCAUUUUUCUCAAUUAAAGCAUCUCUGCUUUUGUGUCCUGCAGCACACACACACGCACACAUCCCUGUACAGCCUCUGAACCUCGCUGCACAUCUGCACCCCAAAUAAAACACCACACACCGAGGAUCUGAAACACCUUUAAUUGGAAACAAAAUGUGCUGCUGUGGGCUGACUCCUCUGGUGGGAUGUAAAUUUAAUGGAGACUCACUCUCUCUCUCUGACUGAGCGUGGGCCUCAGGGGUAGAAUGUGAUUACUGGGGCAAUCAUAAGGUAUUACAACCUGACGGCAAUUUAAUAGAUGCUUCUGGACUUUAUUAGUCGUGGUUGUAAUUAAGAGGAGGUCCCAGAUUGCUUUAUUUUAUCAUGGCAGACAAUCAAGUGCUGUCUGUCUUGGAUGGAUAUGUAUGUAUGUGUGUGUGUGAGGGGAGGUUAAAGGCCCUCUGGAAAGGUAGCACAAAUGUAUGCAUACGUUUUAUUUUCUCCAUGACAUGUAUUUUCCUUUUUCUUGUUGCAAAAUCUUGACUAAUUUAUCUCUCAAUCAUCAGAUAACGAAGCUGGUUUUCAUAAUUUGUUUCCACAGAUUGCAAAAUUACAAAAGAAACACAUAAACAGUCUAAAAUUGCCCCUUUGGUGGGAAACGGCAGCAUGGCAUAGGUUGAUUUAGCUUAUCACAGUGAGCCGUCAGUUGUUUUAUUCCCCACAUGGCCAGAGUUAUUAUCAGGUAAAAAAUAAGUCAAAGCUUCAAGAAAACAACAUUAAUUCAGUUAUUAUCAAGGGGGAAACCAGCUGGUGUGACAAAACAAUUAAGUCAAGAUCCAUAGAGGAACAAAGAAAUAAAUUUGCUGUAUUACAAGGGGGGAAAAAAAUCAAAUUUAUGUCUUACAAGGACCUCUGCAAUUUUUGCCUCUACUUACGUACCAAGAGUAUCUUUGGGAUUUUCACCUCUCAGGUAGAGUUGAUGUAAUAUAAUCAGAGGGUUGUGUGAUCCACAUGCCAAAGUGUUUCUUGACCCCUCAGUGACACAGCUGGCAGUGUGUGAGUGCAUGUGAAUGAGAUCAGUUAGCACUUAUGGUAUGUGGCAGCGUCUGCCAUUAGUGUAUGGAUGUAUGUGACAGAUAGUGUGAAAGUGCAUAAACUAGUCAGAAAGACUAGAAAAAAGUGCCAUAAAAGUCAAGUCCAUUUACCAUUUACUACUUGAUGGAUGAGACAAGACCUUUAAAGAUGUUUAUGUUGUUUAUAGUUUUUUCAUUUUAACUGAACAUUUUAAUGGUUAAAUCAUAUCAAGUAAUCAGUUAAUAAUCAAAAUUAGAGUCAUUUGUUAAUAUGUUUAUACUCAUGUUUAUACUCAGAUUUUGCACUUUAUCCAAAUAAGUUACACAUUACUUUUUGGCCUCAUCCAGCAGUAUUAUUAAUGUUAUAUGUUUGAUGAUAGGUCUGUGUUUGCUUUGUUGGCUUGUCUUUGUCUGCCCCUAAUAAGGUUACAAUCAGUUGCGUUGACAGUAUCAAUAAAUCCUUAAUGUUACAGGCAACUAUCCCAUUAGUUUCAGUCACUGAGUGGGUUACUGGCUCUUCAAUAAGAUCUUGCUAGCUCGCAGCUCAAACAAGUCUCUCAGUCUAUCAGUUGACUCAUAAGCUGCAGGUCAAUAUUUACUCGAGGGCAGUUAUGUGUGUCAUUGCUAUUGAUCAUUAUUUAUUCUUACUUUGCCAGUUUUUGUAAAUUUCUGCUGUUAUUCUGUUGGGCUGCUUUUUGCUGAGUCAUGCUAGCUGGCUAACAUGUUGUAUUGACUGUAUGGCCUUGUGUGCUAUACUUCACUCUUUCACUAAGCGAACCAGUGCAUGAAUCUUUCUAGUCUGAUGGAUAUACGUAUGUUUACUUUGUCACGUCAACCACAUGUGUUAUGCUAGGUGUUACAUAUAGGUAUAAAUGUUUGUUAUUAUUGUAAUUUAUUUUUAAUUUUCCUCUUGAUACCUAAUUUUUCUUUAAUUAAGGCAUCAAAACACCAUUAUAGUAUCUAUCAGCUCCAUUCAGUGCAUCUGUAGAGGCCUCAGACAUCUGUAAUACAGAGCAAAUAUUUCCCGCUGCUCCUGUCUGGAGCUGAAAUGUUAAUUUACCCCAAGACAACAUGGGGCUGAUUGUCGAAAGUCUCAUCUUCUAAUCAUGAAUUAAGUCAUUUAUUUAUUAUUUCAUCAGAUAAUAUUCAUACGCAUGUUAGCUAACAGCACCAUCUCUGUAACAGUAUCAGCAGCUCUCUAAAGAACUUUCCUUAAAUUGCUUACUACUUCCAUGGCAGAUCAAUACUGCGUACCACUUUUUAGUUUUGUAAUGUAACUUAAAUGCAGAAAGUGUUUUGGCAAGUGUUUACUCCCUCCCUCUCCCCAGGGGAACCUGCUGAGGACAUUAAUCCAAUAAAGCGCUGUAGGCUGCAGUACCUUGACAGCAGCGCGCCCGCACAGAUGAGCUGCGUCUGCUCUGAAGAUGUAUUAGGUCUGUAAGAGGGAAAGUUAAUUUGACUUGACCUUUCAGGAGCUUCAAACAAGAUGUUAUUUAGAACUUCAUGCUCCAGCCCCCACCUCUUCCCACGCCCUGGGAGUUGUUAUUAAGUGUGAGGGCAAAGAGACAGACUUUUCUCCAGUUUGGUAAUGAACCCCUCUGCUCCCAUGUCUACAGCUCCACGACAUGCUCUCCAUGUUAAGCAGCGACCAGAGGUGACCUGGGCAGGAACAGUGCAAGGAGAGACUGUCCUUAGGAGAUAAGAUAUUCACUUAACUCCACAGAGAGGCAAACACUGAAACCUUCGCCAAGGUUUCCCUACAGAGGACACUGUCAAUAUUUGAUAUCCACAUCAGUCACUACAUCAUAAAUAUUCAUAGUAGUAUUAAAAUAGAUUGUUCUGUUGCAGCACACUUUUCUGAUUGGCUCAUGCUGGGUAAAUUUGUAGUAUUUGAUCAUUUAUAGCCAGGGACAGUUUGCAACAAGGGGAUACAAUUGGAGAAGACCUGAAAGAGACCGCAGUUUAUACUCACACGUCUCUGAAGCAAUGAUGAUAACAUGCAUGUGCUCAGUAUGUAGAUGUUUUAGAGGCACUGUGAAUAAUUUUUAAAUGAUAUGAAACUGUAUAUUUACAUGCACAGUUGAGUAAAGCAACAGUUACACCUGGAUCAGACAGUUUAACUCGACACUGUCCUUAUAUAUUAACACUUGGCAAAACAGGUUUAUUGACAAUAGCAUGUCCACCUCCACUACACUAGGUGGUGAUAUUCAGCUACCUACUAUUCUGACCUAUAACAUCCUGAAAUCCCAGGCUAUGAUUGCCAGGGGUGGCACUUCUAUUGCAACUAUUACGCAACUAUCAACUAUUUGGGGUUGUGUUAGACAGGCUGCAUAUCAGAGCGGGUCACUUUCUCUUGUUUGUAAAAAGGUAAUUUUGGACCAACAUCAUCUUUUCAAAAAUUUAGUUCAGCAGAUGUACAUGCUGCCACUUAAUAGAGUUACUUUUUAAAGUUAGAAAAUAUUUACAGGAACGCCCUCACCUGUCCAAAGAGUAUGACUACACGACUGCACAUACCAAAACAAUUGACAAACAAGGCAGGACAACUUUACAGCAUGCAAACUGUGGAGCAAAAUAAAGUAGUAUCUGUAUGAGGCAUAUGUAUUUAUGGAAGUUUAAGUGACUGUCCCAUGAAGCAACAGUCCUUGUCAUGUCCAAUUCGGGGCCACCGAUACUUGCUGCAUGUCCUCACACUUCCUGCCGCUCUUUAGCUGUCCUGUAUAAUAAAGGCCAAAAUUGAUUCACUUUCACAACAACUGCUUGCAUCUUUCCUGUGAUUGAUGGUCCUCAUGGGAAAUGCAGUCUUCAUAACGGGAAAACAACCCAUUUCAUCCAAAGAGGUCAUUUGAAACGACACAACAUUAGAACUCCUUACAGUAUCUUUAAUAAAAAUUCAACAUAUCAUUCUACCACAGAGUUGUUUUGCAGUUAUGACUGAGCUCAUUAUCUUCCUACAACUCUGAACCAUCGAUGUUGAUAAUUGUUCAGCUCCUCUUGCUUUCGAAUGUAAAAGUCUGACUCAUGAUCCACCAGAGAUAUCAUGCAUUUUGUAGUUUCAGCAGUGUCAGUCUGAUAUAAAGUGUUAAUUGGUUUUAAAAGAAAGGAUUGAUGUCUCUUAAAUCAGAGAGGCUGUGGAACUGCACGAGAAAUACCAAGAAGCAAUCUGUUGAUGUUUUGGCAAAGCUACAACGAUAACAGCUCAGUCAGUCUGAACCAGCAUCUGCUGUACACAAAUUAAGUCGAGCGCAUUUACACUAUUGCUCGGUGUAAAUUAGACUGUAAGAAAAGAUUGACUCUUAACACACACACCUCCCUGCUCUCAAAGUCAAUCAUCUUAUCACCGUCUCUGUGUGGUCUGGUUUGCAGCUGAAGCACUUUUAUGCAUAAUCAAUAAUAUAGAUUUCAAACCACCUCAUUUUCCUCCCACCCUUUCCACCCACUUGGAUUACAGUAAACAGCUGAUUUGUUAUGCUGAAAACACUCCGGAUGAGGUAGAUGCAGAGAUAAAAGCAGGAUCUUAAGGUGGAGCUACUGUUUACUUAAAGCAUAUACUUACUUACUUACUUACCUUUCGAUCUCUCCCAGUUAAUUAAUGUUAAGUCUAGCUUCUUUCAGCUUAGAUGCACAGCUGAAGUAAAGGCUCACCUCCCUCUUGAAGAUUUAAAGCAGGUAAUAUAUACAUUUAUAACAUCUUGGGGGCCUAGGGCAAUCACCUAUUGAACAUAAAGAACAACAUCCAAUUGUGGCUGCCAAUGGAAAGAAAUAGAGGGGUCAUGUCUCAGCUGUACCCUCCUUACUUUCAGUGUUUUAAGCUCUUAAUGGACUGACGAUGCCUUAUAUAGUCACACUGAAACAGACCAAUCAGCUACUCCUGUAUGUGUGUAGUAGCAGGUGUGUUAGUAAAGCAGAGGGACAGAGUGAGCAUUAUGAAACAGGAACUUUUUUCUCAUAAAUUAAUGAUGCUUUUGAGUCAAGACACAUGUAUCUACCUUCUUUUGCUCAAGUAUCAGCAGUUGUUACCUCUUGGGCCAAUAUCUUGUAAAAAUACAGUUGCUUAAAUUGCUCAUAUCUUGCUCAUUUUAGAGGUGAAGUGUGUAGAAAUAGGGUUUUUUUUGCAGUAUCUGCCCCCUUGCUCACCCCUCUGGUGAAAAAAGUGACGGUAGCCUUCUGGAAAAGAAUGCAUACUUAUUACUGUGAGAAUAAUUUAUCAUGAUUAUGUGUCUAAAACCGUUGAGAGAAAUCUGGGUUCAUACUUUUAUUGUGGGACAUUUUCUAAAUUGGAAACAACCUCCAACUUCGAACAUCAAAUAAAAAGUUCUGUAGCUGCCAGACCUCUCCAAAUAAUCUCAUUUCCUGCUAUUCCAUUAAAACAUUUCCCUCAAAUUAUCUCCUCAAAUUCAGGUCAACUUUUCCAUCAAAUGCUUUCCCUGAGCAGAAUCAACCCAUUAAAUUCUCCCCGGAGGAUAAGCUCCUUGCUUUUUCUUGCUAUAAUUUUUUACCAGAUUCAGGUUCCAGCCUCCUUCUCUUAUAGCUUUUUGUCCCCCUUUAGCACCCGUGAUCUGCGUUAGGUGAUUUAUUUUCCCCUGAAAAUGCUCAUGAUGAUCAUAUUUGGUUUAUCGGAUGAUUAAGGAGGAACAUUAGAGCAGCAGUCAUUGGCACAGUUAUGGUUGUUUAACCUGGGAGAUAGCUACCGCGGCUUGUCCUGUUAUUCAGCUUGGAUAAACAUUGAGGAAAAGUACAAGCAUCUCUUUAGGGAGUGAGAGUACAUCCCUCCGUACAUGGAAGAAUAAUCUCCCCUCAUCCCAUCCCAUCAGACUGGGAGUGGAAAUAGAAAUUCAAAAGGCUAUGCUGAUGCAGGAACACAUAUUUAUUGCUCAUACACACUAAUCCCUAUUCAUACGCAUGAUUCUACAGAGAGUUGUCAUGUGGCAUCAGUUUGAUCUUCGUCCGUGUCUCCAGAUUGAAGUCUGUAUGAGUCACUGACUGGGAUCUUUUAAUGAUCUCACCCGCUGCACCUUUUCAACCUCUCUGUCUUCUCUAUCACUGAAUCUUCAGCUGAAUCUUUUUGUUUUCACCAGAUAAGCUCCUGAAAAUUAGGUUCCCGAAGGAGGAUUGCAGCUACAGAAACCAGAUGGGACCCUCUCAGAAACAUUAAAAAAGAUACUCUAAGUCUUAAGCAGUGACAAACAAGAGUGUAAAUUAUAGGUGACAUGUUUAAUGUGUUAUCUGAUGCAUUUUAGUUUGACCUUGCACUUCAUCCAUGUGACUUUACCUGCUGAUUCUGACAUUUUUCUGCUCAAACCAAACACAGGCUGGAAAAACUGAAGGAUCCAGUGGAUUUGGUUUCAGAGGGACGGCAGAGUGGAUAAAGGCAGAGUGGUUUUAAAGCUCCCUGUCCUAGUUAAGGCAGGGCAGGGGAGUUUUGCUUGAGUGUGAGGUGGAGUCUGUGCAGUGAAUUAUUUAGCACAGCUUCCUUUAGGCGUGCUUACACUCAGCGGCUUUUACGCUCACACACAAAAGCAGAGCCACUGCAGACACACACACAUAUGUCUUUAAAAAAAAGGGGUCACAGGGACAGCUGAGGCGCUCGCAGAUCAAUACCAGGCGGCUCAACUCGUGACACUGACGGCAAUCUGCUUCAUUCUGAUGAAUCAUCUGUUUGAGAGUAAUGGCCUUUCAGGAGUUAAAGCUCCCAUGAGGAGUUUUUAUCUGGUUAUGAAUCAGACAAAUGAAUACAGAUGCUUCUGCGCGACCUACAGAGCAAAGAGCACCAUUAACGACUGGACUGACUGUCUCUAUAGUCAUUUUUAAUGCCUGUUAACGCCGCUCUAACGAGGUCUGUAUUAGCAUGCAGCUAAAACAAUAUCUGCAGGAGAUUUUUCCUCAUAAAUCACACACACGACAUGUGCACAACAAGAGCCAACAAAGACUUGUCACCAAACUAAAAGUUCCUCAUAGCAAGUUUAAACACAGGUCACAUGUAUAAUGAAUAGGGUGUCAGCAGAGGUGGAAAGAAACCAAGUGCAAGAAGAAAAUGAUGCAGUUUAAAAUAUAUUCAUGGACUACUUUUUGCAGAAAAUUGUCUUUGAGUUGUAUGUGUUUAUUUAUGUCAUAAAAAACACAAGCUAGCACAUUAAUGUCCUGCUCUGCUCUUCGUUGCUGCAGAUUUUCUUGUUGAUCCCAAACUUUUCCAGUCAGAUUUGAGAUCUAAAACAUACAGCCAUGUUUCAUAAUUUGUCAUUUCGAUUGGAGAAAUAUUGGAUCUCUCAGUUUGGACCACUUUUGUCUGCAUGGCAACAGUGAAGGAGGCUUCAGGAGACCUGGGGGAAAAGAGAAGCUACUACAGUAAAACCUGAAACAACCCCUUCUGCAGUGCUACAUGCAGUUGGAGGUAACAGGCUGACUUUAAAGUGUUUUCUUAUUGGGAUAUUGUAGGGUGUAGCUUUUGCAUUCGAUUAUCAUCGUUUUAGGGUUUCAGCCAAUCACAAUUAAACAUUUGACAUCGAUUUGAUUUGAAUCCUGGGAAAUUACAGUGCUCGAUUGCUCCAAACUAUAGAGUGCAGAAAAAUAAGAGUGACAACAUAAUGUUAGAAGUAACAGUGGUUAAUCAUGCAUCCUAGAAUAACAAUAGAAACACAUAUUUGUAGUAGUAGAAAAGAAGUUAUUGCAAGCUUUUUAAUGUUUUAUCUUGCAUUUUUAAACAAACAUCUGUACCUGUAUCAGGCUUGCAUCUUCAGCAUCAAUGGAGCAAAUCUGGAGUUGAGUUAACAUUUAUUAUUUGUGUAACUUCCUUCUUAAUGAGUCCAGGAUAACUGAAGUCUGUUAUUCUCUACCAAACGUAACCCGAGUUUGAGUUGGCCCUGCUGAGAAACAGCUUGUGGAGACUUUAACUUUUGUACUGAAGACACAUUUUGGAACCUACACUUUUCAGCAAAGGAGUUGAAUAAGUCUUUCUACUUUACUGGAGUCUUUUUAACACAACCAUCUGUACUUUAGCUGAAGGAUCUCUGCCACUUCUAAGGCCCAAUUUCAGCUGAAUAGCUCAAACUACAGCUGGUUUGACAGCUCUCAGUUCAUAAGCGUUAUGAUACUCGACGUGAAGAUCUGGACCUGUCACUUCAGGUUUGAAAACCAAUUUUCUUCCGUUGCUUGAAAGAAGAAACAGUCCAAAGUAAAAGGACAUUCAGUGAGGUUUUCCUCACACUUGCCUCAUGGUUAAGCCUGAAAAUGUGUCUCACUUCAGCGCUUUGAGUGUAAUUUGCACUCUGAUGACUUUGGCAAAGGCGCAGACUGGACAUGAGAGGGCUGGUGUGAAACUGAAAGCUAUCAGGAUUGAAACUCAGCAGGUCACUCACAGUAUCAUCAGCUAGUUGGACUUCACCUCUCUGUAAUUCAGGAAAACAGCCAAAGCUCGGGUACUGAUUUAGAGACUGUUUAUUGUGGUUUUUCCAAUAGUGUAUUAGCAUAACAAUCACAGAAGCUGUUUCUUUUCCAAAUGACCAACAACAAUCUUCUGUUUACCCUUUUGUUAAUGUCUUAUUGAUCAGUUUGUGGACUACAUUGGACUUGAGCUUAUAAAAAUUGUAGUCAAACAUCUGGAGCCCCCAGAGCUGGCCUUCUCCAUGUUAACAGAUGGGACAUGGUUGAAGCUUUAAAGCUUCUAUGAGUUUUUUUUUUUAACAUCUUAGAAAUAGACUAAAAUGCGUGUUAAUGGCUAUUUAUGAUAUCCAUAAGCAAACAGAACCAUCAGGGAUGUGGUUGAUGAGUUUCAUAAGAUAGAUUUUAAUGCUUGAAACCAGUGUGAGGGGGUAGGUGUCUGCUGAACAACAGGAAAAAUAGUCAUGUUUUUACCUUUUCUAUACAAUUAAUGUCUAAUUUCACUAUUUUUCUCUCCAGAGGACAGACAUCACUAUGUAGAAGAGAAUGUAGUUUUUUUUCAGAAACUAAAAGUUCCUCACAGGAGCUUUAAACUCAAAAAAACAAGUUAAAGACAUUCCUUCUCUUAGAACUUUCCAUCAUAGUUGGUUCUUGUCAUGCUGGUUUAUGCCCAGUUAUUCCUUUCUUAGAGGAAGUUGGUUUUAUAUUAUUGUGCGAUGCUAAAAAGACACAAGAACCUUUAAAAUUUCCAUAACUCUGAGUAUCUGCUUCAUGUUAACCCAAGAGUCUGUUGUGCUGUGGACAUUACCAAUCUGAGGGAUCUUUGCCAAAGGGGUUAGAUUGCAUGUUUUGGCUCCACCAGCAAAUAUGCCAGAAUCAUAUCGGCAAUCAUGAGUCUCCCAGUGUUGGCUACUAGAAAGACCUUAAAGGUUGGUUUAAGAUUUGAAAACAUUUUUAGCAGUUUCUGAAGUUUAGAGUUUCUCCAGCCUUGAGAAUCUGAUGGUGUUCAGUUUGAGUGGCAAAAUGCUCUCAAUAAUUUCAACCAACUUCAGACGCCUUUUUGAUCAAAAUUUAAAGUACAACCACCUGAAGAGAUGUAGUAAAAGUUUUAGAAGAAAGGAAAGCAGAGGUUCUGAACCGACACCCCGAGUCAAUGUAUGAUACUCGAUAUCAUGUCAGAAGAAGCUGCAUCAUUCCUAUAAUCUUAUAAUCAUCAGCACAAGUGGCUCUAAUCUGUAAAGCCUCACAAUUAGAUUGAACAAACAGAUCAAGUUUACAGACCUUAAAUCAGUCUCCUGUUUUGUAAUAUGCAAAUGAAAAUCUCAUGAUAAAACAGGAUUAUGAGGUAAAUAUUAAAUCUUAAUGGAGCUGAGUGUGAGGCUGCAUCACUCCUCAGGAUUACAAAUAAUUUAUGAUGUCCCUAAACUGCCCUUCAUCCAAUUUUAAUGAGCCUUUUUGCUACUCACUGAUAUCUGGAUUAUCUUUAUCAAGCCCACACCCCACCAAGCUGGCUAAAUGAAUUAUGAAAAGAAUGAUUUUAAGAGUUUUUUAAUAAUUCGGCGGUCUUAUAAAGGUUGAUCUAUUUAUGCCUUGGUGAUGGUUUUAAGAGUCCUGUAGAUGUAGGUGUAUCUUCAGCACAAAACACGGUAAAAGAAUAAUCAUGUGUGACAAGAACUGUGUGACCUUGAUGGCAUUUUGGGGCAAGCAGCUUCCCUUUAGCCCAUCAAUGGAUUUUUGUUUGUUUCACACAUUUUCUGGGAUUAAUGAAAACUUAACAGGCAAUCAAUACUAAAAUAAUGAUCGAUUUCAAUAAAACAUUAAGACAUACAAUUACUGAAGAGAAAAGUGUAGAAAUGGGACUAUGCAACAAUGUCAAGCUGUCAGAAUCUACAUUGAAAUGCUUCCUUGCUCGCCACUCCCAAUGGUAAAUCUUCUGUGACGAAUUUCCUGUUUGUGUAAAUUUUGGCGCCCCCUGUGGACAAAGCAGUUUGGACUUAUCUUGUCCUUCAUACACACAUAUUCCUUGUUAUCCUGCGUACUUAUAAUCAAAUGAAUAUUUAAAGGGGUAUUCCGGCGUAAAUUUAAGUUAGGGUCAAACACAUUGUAACACCGAGUUAGACACCCUGUCGAGAGAUGAAUGUUGCCGACUGCUUGCUUCUCUAGUUAUACCAAAUUUAGUUACAACCGCAGAUAGCAAUACUGAGAGCCAUGCACUCAACCUAAACACCUCUCUAUAGCCACAAAUAAUGCUCAGAACAGCACCUAACUUUAUCAACAGUAUAAUAUAGUAUAAUAGUAUAAUAAUCACCAUAUUAAUCAGUUUGCACUGCAGACGCGGUAGUUCUUCUGCCUUAGUGUCUUGGUCUGAUUGCAUUUCCAUGAAGUAACGAUCAAAUACAGGGGAAAACAGGGAUGUUUCUUCAGCUGCUUUGCUGACACCUACCCCCUUGCAAUGAUUUGAGGUAUUUGGGGCAGCAGUAGCUCAGCAGGUAGAGCGGUCGCCCAAAAACUGGAAGUUUGGUGGUUUGAUUCCCCCCUAUCCUUGAUCUGGCUGUUGUGUCCUUGGGCAAGACACUUAACCCACCUUGCUCCCAGUGUGUGUCCUCCACUGGUGUGUGAUUGUCAGUGUGCUUUGAGGUGGUAGUCGGAGGGGCUGUAGGCGCAAACUGGCAGCCACGUUUCCAUCAGUCUGCCCCAGGGCAGCUGUGACUACUAAGAUAGUUUACCACCACCAGAGUGUGACUGUGUGAACGAAUGAAUGAUGUAUCCAAUGUAAAGCACUAAAAAAAAUCUGAUGCAUAAUAUAUAUGGAAAUCUCGUAUCUCGUGGUCUUGCUUGCUUUUGUAUAUUAUAAAAAGGCAUAAAUAUGAAUUUUAUUCUGUUACAUGGACAUCAAAAAUUCCUCUUUAAAUCCUGACUUCAUUCUCCUUACAUUGUGACUCUAUUAUCUCUGUAGUAGGACUGAAUUCCCAGUCUAUUUCUCUUCUCUUAAUGUGACCUUAAUCCUCCAUCAUAAAUCAACCACACACUUGGAAAUAUCACAUUCCUCUGUUCCGCUUUAUGGCGCUCAAUUUCCACUCUGUAGCCCACCUUGACAAUCUUCUUUAAAUGCCAUUCAGUGGGCUUUGCUCCAAAGUUGGAGACUGUGACCUUGACAGGUGUUUCACGUGGUCCCUUGCUAUAAAUGAGGAUCUCCUUUCAUUGUAAUUUAGUUUGAGCUUCUAAAUCGUCCAAUUAAGGUGUUAAUCGGAUUAACAACCCCAUUUCUUCUAAUUUUAUUGCCCCAAUCAUUUCUGCCAAAGAUUCAAUUAAAAGCCAAGUGUCCCCCUGCCCACGUCCAAGUGGAAGCUUUUCUUUUGCCCCGGAGAGACCACGACUUGCCACGGGGGGUCUAGGAGGACAGCCGGGCACGCCUGCUCCGGGACACGGGGGUGGGUGGAUGGUGGGAGGCGGUUUCGACGCUGUGGGGUGACUGAUGAAUAUGUGACGUUGCCGAAUUGCAGCAAAUUGCCAAACUGUACGGGAGGAGAGACCAGGCAGGACGCACUGAAAACGGCAGAUUUGAGGAGGGGAGGGCAAGAGGAGGAAGGCAGGGGGUGGGGGGAUACAAAAAGAAGAAAAGAAGAAAAAAAAAACGCACACCGACAGGGGAGUUGGAUGGAUGCGAGGGGACAGAGAGGAGCAGGAGACCGGCUCUAGGAACAUCAAGGGGUCCCAUCAAGAGGUCUGGUGUCUGCACCAAAUCAGCUUCAGGGAUGUAGUCGAAGCGGCUCCGAGCUCAGCCCACCCGAGCUCAGCACCAUGAAGAAACACUCCGCAAGGGUCGCCCCGCUGUCCGCCUGCAACAGUCCGGUGCUCACCCUCACCAAAGUGGAAGGUAGGAGGAGUUCAUGUGCAUGAAGUGCGCCUGUAAAACCCGAUAAGUGGGGCUGUGCGUUUAGGACCGAACUCCAAAUUUAGAUGCAUCCUCCUGUUGACCUUAAAUAUUCCCUUAUGUGUCUCUUUUUGCCGUGGAUCAACUUUGGAAAAUCUUGCAGCAAACAUAAUCAACCGUGCGCGUAACUUGCCUUAAUCGAUGUGAUCAUCUACUUAUAAAACAAUCCUACAUUUCUGCAUGAAAAUGUCCUCAGGUGCACCUUAAUUCUCUGCUGUAAUAGUGAUUUUUUUUGCUAAAAACCCUCGAAAUCGACCUGUUUGGUCUGCAUAACUACGUUAAUGUCGCAUUGAUUUUUUUUUCUUGGAGUAGGACCAGAUCAUGCAGCUGUCUUCAUGAACACUGAGCUAAAUUUACUGGUCCACUGGGAGGAUCUUAAGUUGUUAUUGCAGCAGGGAUUCCCCCUCUUACUCUUUUUUCUCACUCUCCAACCCUCCACCCAUCAGUGGCUGCAGGAGGCACACAGCUGAAAUACCACCAAACUGUCACAUAACAGAGCAAUUGGGACAUGAACUUAACCAGCAGUAAACAUCUAAUGGUGCUUGUAAAGGUUGCAUUAUAAUUACAAUGCUCUGCAGUCCACCCUAAGUGGCUUCCUGAUGGAUCUUGUUAUUUCGGGUUUCCCAGUCUUGCCCAGAAGCUGCUCUAAAUUCUAGAGAGCUGACAUUUCCUGGUGGCAUCACAAAGACAACUCCUCUCUGACUCUGUAUGUGUGCAAGUGUGUGUCUAUGCUUGCUGUAUCCUCUCCAAACACCUGUCCUGACGUCUUGGACGAGUAUAGUGCCAUAUUCCUCCUCCUGACUCUCCAGUAUGCCCUCUCCUCCUCCGCCUCUCUUCAGCCUCAUACUUGUGCAAAGCAGUGAUGUUAUGCAUUUUUUAAUCCACCCCUCAGCACUGAGAACGCCUGAAUGUCUCAGUGUUUGGCAUAAGCAUAGAGUAACACUGAAUCGGCUGCUGAUUUCACAGCACUUCAGCGCCUUGCAUGUGAAGUAAUCCUGGGCACAAUUGCAUUUCUUUGGAUGAACUUGGAAAAAUACGGAUUAAAUUGGAUUAAAAGCGGUAUGUGCGAAUAAAUCUGCAUUCUAGUUAAACUUAUCUGUACGAUUUUGACACAGAAACAUGAGAAAAUAGUCCUGUGGCUUUAUGCCGAUUCGUUAAAUGCCUAUUUGGUUAGCAUUAAGGAAACAAACCGGCAUUUUUCCUUUGUGCAGUGCAGUAAAGUGACGCUCAGAUGAACUCUAAGGGAUCAGCUGAUGAUGCCACAGCAAGCAGAGCUGAUCUGCUUCUGGAAAAGCUGUUUUCACUUUCCAUAGACAGACUGCUACAUGUUUCCAAACUGGGUGAUGAUUGUAAAACAGCAGCUGGAUACACAGUUUUCACAGGAACAGUAAACACUCUGUAAUUUAUUUCUAAAUCAGGGUAAGGUGUUAGUUUACCCUGAAUUUCUUAGAUAAGUGGUUUUAUCCAGAAGUUUCAGAAAGACUUAAAAACCCAUAAUUAAUCUUCAAAACGCAAGGGAAAAACUAUAAACACACAAUUUGCAUUAAUUCAAGGCAAGAAUACCAGUUUACCAUGUAUUGAUUGUUCCUGUAAAAUCCCUAUAGAAAAAAAACGCCUCUGCUCCAAAAAAUUCUCAGAUUGAGAUCUUUGUAACUUUUUUAGUGACAGGUUGGAGUUUGUCAGUAAUUUAGUCAGUAUCUUCCAAGGAUAAAACACAAAGUACAUUACUUUCAUAAGGAUGAAAUGAAAUCAGUCACAAUGUAAGGGUUUGUCCACUGGGGGGCACCAAAAUGUGCAGAGAGAAGGUCACUCACAGGAGCUUUAAGUACGUCCUGCUAUCAAUCUGUUUACAGACAAAUUGGCUCGAUUGAGUAAGAAUUUAACUGGAGUAGUAAAUAUUUUUAAAAAUUGUAGUUUUUUUUAAAUACCUGGGCAACUUGACGUUGUAACCUGGGACGUUUCAAGGCAUCAACUUCCUCAUCUUUCAAACAGAAAUUCCUCCUUGCUGACUAGCCUAGAGACAAAAACUGUCAAAAUUAGCAUAACUGAUAAACAAAGCCAAAAACUAAUAAACAUUAGCAGACCACCACCACCAGCUUUCAAUCUUUCCAUACAUAUACCAGUUUUACCAAACACAUCCCAUGUCAUGCAACCUCACCCUGUUUGCUCGGUCAAUCUACGCCCUGCUACAACAUGCUAGUAUGCAACCAGGAAGCGACAUUUUUUUGUAGGAUGGUAGGGGAAAGUCCCGCCUCCUUCGCUUCUGAUUGGCUAAACACGCUCAAGCCAAACACAGGCUGUCGGCUCUGACAUCGAACAGAACAUUACAGAACAUUAUCGCACUUCUGAAUCUCCUAACCCUAACCCUAACCCGACAGAUGAUGACGUUUCACAGCCAUUAGGAAUAACCAAUUGGAGCCCAGCACUUCUGGCUGAUCGGAGGCAAAGGAGGGCGGGACCUUUCCCUACCAUAACACUUAUUUUGGAGGCAAUUCAGCCAAAAUCCUCCUGGCAUUUCACAUGCAAAAUAAAACAUAUUGAAUGAACUGUAACUUGAAUGGAGAAGAUUCACGCUUGUGUGUUUCUCACAGCUUUCAAAUACCCUGAAAAAUCUACUGCUGUACUACAAAAACUUCCCAGCGUAAUAACAUCUGUCUUUUUAUCUAUCCAACUUGAAAGCAGCUUUCAUCAGCGACUAAGCUUGCGGUAAAACCAUACCAAACAGAAUUAUUCAGAUAACAGCAGACUUAUGAAACUGUUACCUUCACUCUCUGUUUCUGCACUUUUGUGAGUCAAAGCCUAAACCAUACAGACUCUGCUGACUCAGACUUGUCAGUGAAGCUUAACUCUCUGUCUGUUCACGCUCCUGUUGUUUUGGGGGUUCGCUACAUCCAGAGCUGUUAAUAUGAGAUAUCUGAAAGUACUUCAUUAUUCAUAAUUAAUGACUACACCAGCUGCUGGAAUAUGAAUGAGGAUUUCUCCUGCAGUUUCAUAUGGACGCUGCAGAGAAAGUCAUCAAGAUGCUGAAGCUGUUUAAACUGUGUUGACUAUAAUCUGCAACUGUGAGGCAUUCGGGGUAACCUCGGAAGAAUCGCCGCUGCAAUGUUGCCGGAUAACUUUUAAGCUUAUUAGUGUGAAUGUCAGCUAAUGUUAGUUUGAGCAGAGCUGAGAUGACAAGCUGAUAUUAGGCGAACACAAAAGUCGAAGAUAAGCUCUGCUGCUGCACAAAGCCGAGGGUAGAGAAAGGGUUGUAAAUGUGCCUGUUUAUGAUUGUGACUAUACAGUAUUGUAGAUUUUAAAGCACUCAGAGCUGUGUGGAGUUUAUGAUGUGGCUCCCGGGCUGCAUGAAAGCAGGAGGAAAUCACAGGGGUCCACAGCAGCUCAACAUGCAGCUUUUCAGAGAGACUGAUGCUUAUGUAACACCAGCUCCGAAACCUCUGUUCUCCUCACUAACAACCUGCUGCAGACAGACAUUUUCCCCCAGUUCGGCAUCAGUUAUAACCUUUCUUUUUUGUCCUUUUACAUGCCUGUGUGACAUCCACGGCUCCAUCGUAGCAUCAGUGUGAAAAGAACUGCGUGUUCCUCAAAGAGAAGUGGGAGAUGUUGGGACAUGUCCAGCUCUGCAGAAUAAAACCCAAACUCUAAUUGGCAGAUUUUCAACUGGAGCUUAGAUUUUCAUUUGGUUGUAUCCAUUUACAGCAUAUAUAAAGAUGAAGAUGGAGUAGACGGCUCAUUUUCUCAUUUGCUUUCACACAAUUACACCUCAAACUGGAUCCAUAAACUACAUAAAAGACCAAACACUGCCACCAUAUCACUCUUUGGCAUGUUAACCUCUCCUUGGCCUGAUAUCAUUUUAUCUCUGGCCAUCAGGCUGCCAUUGUAGCAUCAUAUCAAUCACAGACAGCCUCAUACCAAAUGACACCCUGCUUUAUAAUUUACAAAAUUGGCAUCAUGCUGCAUUUAGCCCCUUUUAAGCAUGAACUCAUGACAUUUCCUUGAUAAUUUCAGGACAUUCAGGUCCCAGUGUUUCCCCAAAUUGCCUUUCACACGUGUCUCUCACAGCAGGAGAUUGUCAUAGUCAUCUGUGCUCUCACAUCUCAGAAUAGUCCAUUUGGGAAGUACAUGCAGGAUGAGGAUGGGGAGUCUUCAGUGAUGGUGAUGGUGCUGUUUUUCUGUUGAUAUGGUGACAACUAAUGCAAAACAUAGUCGAAACCUUAUCAGGACAAUACAGAGAAAUUAAACUCAAUCUCUAUCAUGCUCUUAGUGAUGAGAUGAAGAAAAAAAAUAGAGAUGAAGAAAGCGUAAUCUUAUAUCAUAUUGAGCUAUCCAGGGAGUGUUUUAAGUUUAAAGCAUGAUUCAGUGCAAACCAGUAAGUUUCCAGAUACAUGGCGAAAGGCUGCAGCCGUGCACCCCCUCUCCUUGACCAUGUGGACAUGCUCGUUUUUCUCAAUAAGAGGAAAUUAAGCAGAUAAGUGAACACGGAGUCUUACAUAUUUUGCUGUUCAGUUCCCAUGCCGCAGCAAUUCCACAUGAAGUAGUUUGAGCUUCUCUCUGAUUACUUUCUAAAGCGAUGAAUCAAAUGAAAGCAGGGUCCAUUUUCUCCUUUGGUUUCACUUUAUCCGUCUUCUGGCCAUUACGACAAAUGCAAAUUUAAAGCUAAGCCACUUUGGAUGAACUCAACAAACUGGUGCCUUUGUCCCCUUCUCAAAAGCAGCUCACAGUUCUGGUUCAUCUUUGGGAUGUAUCAGGUCUUUAAGAGGAGACUAGUCAGUUCUGACAUCAAAUGAUCGUCGUCUUGAGGCUGGUAACACACCAAUCUAUCAUCCGACAGCAAAUCCCAGAAUCCUUCAUUGUUCCUUUAGUGUUCUUUGAAUGUGUAACAAAUGGUGUUUUCUGUGGAACCACUGCUGUCUUCCUAAGCUAUAACUUUGAUUCACGGUCUCAUCUGCAGUAUUUACAGAAAAAUUCACCCAACCAGCAGCCCAUAGAUGAUAACUAUUGAUUCCUCCUUGAGUUUGCUGCUACUGAUGACCUCUCAGGGAAUGUCUGUUGCCAUGCAUGAGUCGUCAAAAAAGUACAUAAAAGCUCCUUUAAUCUCUGUUAUUUCAUUACACACUGUGAAAAGGAACAGGCAUCUUUUUAAAAGACAAUCGUCUCUAGGGGAGGCGGUUAUAUUUCACGAGCUGCUAUUCUGGUCACACUCAAUCUUCCCCCAAGGGCAGCAUGAACCUUGAACCCGAGGUUUCAGUAAAUCAAUUGAAUAAUAGCAAAUCAACUUUUGAAACACACAAGAGUAGACAUCAGGGUUAAAAAAAAAAACUGUAUACAGAUGAUUAAAUCAUUUACUGUACGAUUGCAUCUUCAAAAAUAUGACAGAUUUUCCCAGAAUAAGAAGAAGACGAUGAUAUAGUGGGAAAUUUCUGCAGUCCUUUUAUUCCAUGUCCUUCAGGAUUUUAAUGUGGAUUAACUCAGGAUACGCAUGUUUAUGUGUUGUUAAGAUAAAAGAAGAGGUAGAAAACUUAAGAAUUUGUUCACGCUUUACAAUCGCUUUGUUGCAACAGUCACUGUGUCGGAUUAAGGCGGUUUAAGAGCUGCGAAUUUGUGCUGCGACUCGAGUGACAGUCAUGACAGACGACAUGAUGGUGCCUGACCAGUGAAGGAGAAGAUGCCUGUCAAAAUGACACAGGGAAAAGCUAACAGCAGCAACUCACCCAGUUGCUAAAAUAUGUGCGUUAUUUCUACGUUUCUUUUUAUUCGGUCUGUCGUGAUCCCUCAACGCCACGUCACAAAUGCAAGGAUGUUGUUCCCAACUUCACGGCUUCUCUUUAACUUGCCAAUUUGCUUGUGACCUUUACAUGUGCAGAGUGGGCUUUACUCGUAUGUCUCAAUGUCACUGGCAAGACUGAAUAAACGGUGCACGGCAGAGAAAAAAAUCGAAACGUGUUGUCCCAGACAUGGCAUUGACUAUCAUUCACCUUGUAUUUCUCAGACUGACUGAUCAUCCUGCCAACAUUGUGUAGUCUGAUGUCUUCAUUUAAGAACUUAACUUGUCUUGAGGGGUGGGUGCCAUUUCAGUUGAAUCAAUCCUGACUUCCGAUCCUCUUGUGGAUGUUUAUCGAUUCUUGUUUCUGGUUCCAUUAUUUUUGGAGACUCAGGGAGUAUUAAAGGGUCAAAUAUUAGCCUGCUUGUAACGUUGGGACAUUGACACUUCGUUUCUGAAUGAAACGUUCCCCUUCUUAUUAGAGUAGAUCAACAAGACAAUCUACGAACCACAAUUAUCUUGUCGUUUGCAAUGCUAAUGUCCCCAUCUUGGCUUUCUGGAGCUAUCGAUGGACAUGCUUAGACAACAGGGUGGAAAUAUGUUUCUACCUUUCAGUUCUAGUCAACAGGUCACUAGGAUAGCUUCUUGUCUUCUGCAUAGACUGUAUGAGACAAAGAUUUAGUCUCAGUGUCGUCAUUCAUUGGUUUCUGAAGCUCAAAGAUUUAUCACUUCCAUACUGAAAAUGCUGACUUCUGUAGUCCUGUGACUAAUCUAAAAGAGGUGGAGUUGAAGCCACAGCCAAGCCUACUGGAAAAUUACAAUCUACUCAAAUGCAUGCUAAAUUGGCCAUACCAGAGCUGUGCUUAAUUAUGCAGAAAUCUUAGCCUCAGUAAUAAAAAUAAAUGAGGUAAAAAAAGGAAACAAUAUCACAUCCUUGUCGUUACAAAUAUGAAGCAAUAUGAAGCCCCAUAAGGUUCAUUCUGAGAAACUUUUGCAAGAUCUUGCAAAAGUUUCUUGGGAUUAACCUUGUAUUUUUUCUCCAUUUCACCUUAUGGUCUUUGAAAGGUAGAGACAUCAAAGCUUUUUUUAUUCUAGGCUGUAAACAUUUCUGCUGUAAAAAUGGAGCUUUCUAGAUGCACCCCAAGGCUGAGGGUCUCCUUAGUGUUUGCAGUCAAACUCAUUAAAACUAGAUAGUCAAACCGUCAAGUUAUGACUGAAAAUCCUCACUUAGAGGAUAAACAAGUCAUCAGAUCCGAUAGAGUCUCCUGGACUUUUUUCGACUCUGUAAUCAUCAAAACAAAAGAAAAACACCCUUUUAACGCAUUCAUAGAACAUUAUAUAGUCUUACAUCUUGUCCUUGUUUGCAUGUGUCCUAUUUGUAUGUAAAUGUACAACCAGGCCUGUGUGAACCAUGACAACCUUAGUAUGGAAAUGAAGCUGCACCUGCCAAAAUGAAGGUCACACUUAGACACGCACGCCCAUGUUCGACUUGCGUCAGUGUGGUUGAAAGAUCACUAGAGGCAGCAGUGAUGAAUUCUUCUGUAUCUUAUUUUCUAAACCCCGUUGAAAUCCUGCGUCUGUACUCUCAUCUUUUGAAUGUAAUCAGGGUCGACUUUGAACGAAGUCGGAGGAGGAGGCGCCCUCUUCAGUCUUGAUUCAUUUUAAAAACCAGUGAAACACUUCUUUAUGUGCUUGAUAGAGUGUCUGAAACACUCAGAAGCGGCGCUUUUAUUUUAUUAAGAGGGAGGUCUAUCAAAGCAGCGUGUGUGUGUGUGUGUGUGUGUGUGUGUGUGUACAGAAAUGCUAUUAGUCUUAUUGUAUUGAAGGAGAUUUAAAUGGAUGGACUGAUGUUAAGUACUCUAUAAAUUCAUUCUAGAGGUUCAUGUGAGGUCUGCUGCCUUUACUUGCUGGGUUUGUAUUUUCAAUAGAAGAAAACAUCCAAUAAAAGAUUGUAGAAGUUUGAUCUCAGAGCAAAAUCCUCGGCACAGACGUGCACAGAUGAAGCUCUAAUCCUAAAUAGAGGGAGUGGAUCCAAAAGCUUUCUUCGGGGUGCAGGAAAGCUGCCCAUCCUCUCCAAAUGUUUCACACAGACUCCAACCAGAUGCUCCUGUUUUACACUCAUGGUGUGCCUAGAAGGUUAAUUGUUACAAAACUGAAAUAAGAAAAUAUUUCCAUCCCUACUGCAGUGAUUGUGACCAGCACAAAAUAGCGUCAGCAAAAUAUGCACCGUGUGCUGCGUUGCAUUUAAUCUGCACAAAGUGACUGAGUUUGCAGUUAACUCGGUCCAAAUCUUUUGUGACAAACUUUCCUUUUAAAGUGUUUUAAAAAAUGUAUCCAUCAGCAAACUCUUAAGGUCGUCCUACAAGGGGGGUAUGAAGGUCAUGAUUUACAUGUAACCAGAGGAGGGGAGUGGUUUUAUACAGAGGCGUAGCUGCUUAUGAUUGGACAUCUGCAUCACACACAUUCAAGCAACUUAAAACCUCUUUAAAACUUAAUUCUUACUGCUUUAAAAAGUGGUGAAAUAAACACUUCUGCUUUUUCAAUAUCUAAUUGGAAGAUCUAUUACUAAUUCUUUAUAAUGUUGAGACUUGAACUUGUGUUAUAUAAUAGGGUGACCAUAUUCUGAAUCCCCAAAAAGAGGACAUGACUAUGCAGGGGUGGAGUCACACAUAGUAAAUUUUGAGAGUGUUUUUUACGUGCUUCUAACGUAAGUCCAUGCGACACAAACUCAAAACUUCCAUAAAAAACCCCAAAAAAGAGGACAUGUCCGUGUAAAAGAGGACGUAUGUUCACCCUAUUAUAUAAUGAUUCAGAAGAAUGUCUCUCAGCAGUCGUCGUUCACCCAUGUGAUCGUGACAGCCUCUCUCUCUCUCUUCGUGCUUAUUCUGUCCCUUGGCUUUUCAGGCACACACAGACACAAACAUCUGCUUCCUCUUGCAAAAUAGAUUAGGAAGAGUAAUGUGAAAAAAUAUCUGUCAUGUUCUUACUGGUGCUAUCAUCAUGAUUUGGAUGCUCCUGGCGUCUCUUUUGCAAUACAGAGUUAAUUACCGUUGUUUCUGGGUUUAAACCAACAGGAUUCAAGUAUUAAACACAGUAAGAGAGCUGAGUAAAAAGCACACAGUAAUUAUUUGGCUAGUGCAUACUGAGAAAAUAUGCAAUGUGUGUGCAAUGAAUUACUCCAAGUUGUUCUGUCUUUCCGCUGUUUUCCAUGAUUUUCACAGUACCUGCAGCAUCUCCCCACUGAAUCCAAAAUAAAUCCGAAAAACUGUUUUUUUUCUCCAACACUAAAUUGGCAGCAAUUUGAUGGCUACCUUGAGCCUCAUCUGUCUGCAUAAAAACACAAAAAGCAUGACCAUUACAUCCAUCCAGCAGGCGAAAUGUGUUCUUGCUGUUUGAGGAAGCAUUAUGUAGCAGACUCAAGCUGGUCGUGUUUCGGCAGAGAGGAAGUCACUCGGGAUGUGCAUAAAGAGGUGCAAAAUUGGAAAAUCACACACAAGCAUAUAGGCAGUGGUAUUGUAUGCAGAUGAGGGAAAAUCUCCAUUGUUUUUGUGGUCAUUUUUUUCAACACUAGUGUAAAAUUCAUCCAAGCUAGAAAAAAGCACAGAUCAAACAUUUUAUAAUCUUGCUAGCAUUUCUUAAUAACUCAUAAGUGGGACAACUCUUUGUGCAGCAUCUGUUAAGUUUGUGUCUGUCAGUGUAAAUGGAGUGGACAACAUCAUGGAGUGACAACAGUUAUCUAUCAGAGCCUCUACAACAGAUAUAACAAAGAAUACAUGAAGAUAAAUUAAGACAAAGCAAACGAGAAAGUGAAAAGUGAACCACAGUUUAUGAUCACGGGUGAAGUCAACCAGCCAACAUAACUCAACCUUACUGAGAGUUUCUGUGGGGCUGCUUAUUGAUUAAAGCUCCUGUGAGGAGUUUAAAGCUGGUUACUCAGCUGCAAAAGCAGACAGGACCAUCAGCAUGACGAUGGAAUAUUUCUGUUUAGCUAGUUUUAACGCCUAAAAUCACUGCCGCAGGGUUAGUGUCAGACAUGAUAUCUCACAGCAUGCUGCCAAAACAGCCUUUUAGUCGUUUUCUGCAGCAGAAACUCUCCAUUAGUGAUGAAAAUGUACUAUUAAAAGAAACCCACUGACACUUGAACUGAAAGUUACCUGAAAUAUGCUGUUCUCUUAUUUCAAUCGAGGACAUUGAAACGAUCAAAAAUCUGAGUUCAUGUGUGCAAACAGCUGAUAGAAAUACACUGACUGUACUUUUUCACUUUUGCUCCUUUAAGUUGUAAAACAUUUUUCAAAAGAGCCUUCACUUCCACUUGAAUAAAGAUUGUGUGAACUCCUCCACCUUUGAAUAUGUCUGGAAAUGGAAAAAUUAUAAAUCAGGUCUCUGUGUGUCUGAUAGUCCCUGAAUUCAGCGGCCUUCGGGUGCAGAGCGGGGGGUGAAACCGCUAUUUGGGCAGACAGCCUGUGCACCUGCGGUGGCUGCUGAUCCAUUACUUUAACACUGACGCCGUGGCCAAUCUUUUAAAUAUUGAUUUGUCGCGGAAAGUGCUGGGACUCAUGCCAGUGCGUUAAACUGCAGCUCCAUCACGCCAUACUCACUGUAAUACGGGACUGCAAGAGAGAUGGAGGGAAGCUUCUAGACCAGGGGGAUACACCGCUCUGCCAAAUAUGAGUAAUGCUUUUGCUCUGCUGCAGCUCUGACACACAUAAACAAACUCUGGCUUCCUCGCAACACUGUUUUGUUGUGUCAACAAUCAGAGGGCCGCAGCUCUGACCUGUACCGUGAGCAUCUGUUGCACCAGCUGGGCAGGUCAGGCCAAAGAGACAGGGGCCAAUUCAGUCCCUCCUUUAACAAAGUGCAAACAAUCUCUUCCUCACAGAUGAUGCUGUUUGGUGUGAAGGUGCCUCCUCCUCACUUUGAUCUGCCUGCAAACAAGAGGGAAAAAAAAUGUCUUAAAGCUUAUUUGAGAUGGGAAGCACUACCGGCAGAGUACAGAACAAAGAGGAGCCGAGGUUUUCUGACAUCAAAACAGAGAAACCGUUUAAAAACAGAAAAGCUGAUGCAGGCAGAGAGACAUGAGGCAACAACAGGAAAUACUGAGAAACUGGGUGAUCCUGAUAAUCAGUCAUUGAAACAGACAAACGGAGGAAAUUGGAUUUAAGCUUUUUAAGGCUUUGUUUUGAUCUUUGGCUAAACGGAGAUACAACCUUGUUCAAUUUAAUUGAAUAGUUCAAGUGCUGAACUUUUGGCCUCUAAGUUUUUAAUUUCUCUAAAAAACAAAGAAAAGAGCAGCAGCACUAAGUUUGUAUCUUCAUUUGUUUCAAGCAGAAAUACAAAGUUCACACAUUGAAAUAUGGAAGCAUGUGUGUGUGGGAGGUAGAAACAGAUUUGUCUUGGAUUAAAAUGACAACACUUCCCCGUCUCCUCUCAUAGUAGAAACAAAAUAUUGCAUCAAUGCAAUAAAGGUGGGGUAGGCAGAAUCUGAGGAAGUGCCAGUUUUAGGGAGAAAUCUUGAAUGUAAACUCUACCCCUCCCAACCAGUUUUCGCCUCAGCUCCUCCUCUCCCCUCCCUUUCUUCUCCAGCAAGCCCCGCCUACAAACAGACGCUCCUGCUCGCUCGUAUCGUUCCAAUUAAAUUCAGAUAUAAUGCAGAUAAAAACUUCAAGCAUUGGUGCUACUGUAGAGGCCAACAGACUACCAACAAACACAAUGUUCGCAGGACUUCUACAACGAGGAUAAAGUGACAUAGUCCAGGACCCAAGGUCAACAGUUUAGAGGCGCUACAACAUGCAGCAGGUCCCGUUUGACGAGAAACACUUCUGUUUCAGACACUUGGCUUACUUUGUUAAAGCGGUUUACCUGUCCAGAAGAAAGGUUACAGGGUCCUUAAGAUCCCGAAGCGUCCCCCAUCAUUUAUGCUAGCUUCAUUGACCUUGACUCAGCUUUUUAGCUCUUGUCCGGGUGGUCUACCUCCUUUUUAAGCGCCUGUUGUUCCGCCAGAGUCUCCGGUAUUCACUUUGUUUUCUUACUUGUGGUGGCAGUCUUGGAGGAUUCAGACAUUUUUCCGUACUUUCUGGUUAGUUUCCACAGUCCGAUAUUGUAGCACGCUAACUUUGUUUGGGCUCAUGCACGUUACUCAAGGAUGUGGAGCGUGCCUAACAACAUGAGGGAGCAGCAUCUCACUCACAACCAGUCAGCACGAGGAAGAUGGAGUAUGGCUUUGUUUACAUUUAGAAAGAGCGGGCCACUUAAAAAAAUUUAAAUGUUGACUACACAGACAUAACAGAACAAAGUGAUAUUGUGAUAAUCCCAAAUGUCAUCAAUAACUAACAGCUAUUGACUGAUAUUAAAAACUUUUUUGUAUAUACACCACAAAAUAAAUGCUUUUUUAAACAGCAUUUUACCUCACCUUUAAGACAAGGGUGGGGCAAAAUGCUGUGAUUUGUUGGAUUUGGUGGCUCUAAUGUUCCCCCUCUCCGUCUCUCUUGUUUUCUGCUCCGAGAAGAAGUCUUUCUCUCGUCCUUCGGGGUUGAAGGAGGAAGCGGUCUUGGAGUUCAGGAGAGCGGGAUCAGUAUCAUCCGUCCCGCCCUUGUCUGCCCUCCUGGGCCUCUGUCCCCUGUGCCCGUGUGGUCCCAAGUAUCAGCUGGUUCAAACAGCAGGGUGUGUCCUCGGCCUGUCUCUCUGUAGCAUUAUUGGGAGGGACAGGCUUUGUCAGAUGAGGAGUCUGCUCUGGUGUGCUGAAAGGCUUCUGACUGGCAGGACGGUCAGGCCAAGCUGUCACAGCCAAGUAUCGCAGACUCCCACUGUCUGUCAGACACAGAGAUUACAAAGAGAGUCACUGCUGCCUGUCUGCCUGUGAGCAGCCUGUCUGUCUGACUGUUUCUCCACCAUGAUGUGACACAUGGAAUAUGGAGUUAUUAUAAAUUCUAUUAUAAAUAUGAACUGAGAACUCAAACUUAGACUAACAUGUCAGAAAUGACAAACUGUAUAAAUCAACAUGAGACUGAGGGGUUUAUUUUUAUUGCAAGAUGUGAUGCUUUGAUUGAUAUUAUGUGACAGCCGAAGAUGAAACAUGAUUUUUAAUUCUAAUCUGGCUAAGAAGCUCUUUAAUCCUGAUUAUUCAACCCAAAUUGACGGUGUUUGAAGUGUGCAUAUUUUAGCUCAAUUAGGACGUCACACUUUAAUGAUUCGUUUUGAGUGACAGAAUGAAGACGUUGCACCAGUCAAUUCAUAUUCGUCUCUCAGCAGAAAGCCAGCAGACAGCGAGACAAGGGGGAGAGUUGCUCUGAAGUGUGUAUCAGUGAUUGAUCUGUUUACCCUCUUGAAUCAGUGAGGCAGAGCGCUGCAGUGCACUCUCACUCCCACAGAGGUGUCACCAAACCGCCAGCAGACAAACCCCACUUACCUCUACGUCUCCAAGUUGGGGGCUCCAGUGAGACCCAAGUCUGAUGUUAUCGCCACUCCUGCCUGAUGGGAUCUUUCUCCGCUCUGGGUGCAAAGAGAGCGUCGGACGGCGUAGGCGGCGGCCCGUUCAGGAAGCCACACAGGGCAGGAUUGGGGCUUUGUGGGCCUGUCAGCUAGGUUCUGUGAAGUGUGAGAGCAGGCAGGGCUCUGCUGGCACGUUUGGGAUUUGCAGCUAUCAGCAGGAGAGAUCUGCACUGCAGAGUCUGACGGGGGAGGGAGGGAGAGCGGGAGCGGGAAUAAGGCUGGUUGGGACGCAGGGAAGCGUGGACUGGGACUGGGGAGAAACUGGAAAACCGGUUAGUUAAUGGCACGAUAAAUCUUAACACCAAUCGGCGUGUUUCAGGCCUGCAGGGAGGGGGACAUGUACUCAAUACCCGCCUAUGAGGUGCUGAGUGUAAAACACCAGAGGCAGACAAAUGAGUAUAUGAGAUAGAGAUUGAUUUACGCUGCCUUUAGUGAUAAAGAGAAGUAUUUAUCUACAGGUUCUCACACAGGCAGUGAGAUGUAAGCCUUAAACAAGUGUAUUUUUUCACCUUAAUUAAGAGGAAUGAGUAUUUUAUGGUUCGUAGGAUUGAAAUAAAACUGAUGAAUUCUCUAAACAAAAUCUUUUUUAAACAUUUUUCCGCACCUUGGACCACCUCCAGCGUUGCAUAUUGAGUUCCAAUGUAUUUGUAUGCCCACAUUUAACUGCGUGGUUGAGAUGAAUACAUCUGAGGAGAAGCAAAGACGGCUGUCAGACUGGAUCCAAAGCUGUUCCUCCAAAGAUGCCAAACACUCUCCUCAUGUCUGCAGUGAUUUCACAGAUGUCUGUUAGGUUUGUGUAGGUACAUGUGGACAAAGAAUGUGUUAAAUGAGGAGAGAUAUUUUCAUCUGGUGUUAAAUUAAGCAUCAUUGCUUUUACUGUAAUCUGUAGCUACACCUGAUAAAAAUCUGUUCAGAGACACCAGAGAAGUUAAUAAAUAAUCCAUAAUCGUAAAAAGUGUGAUUCUUUUAAAGGCUCUUCUGGACUAAGUUAUAUUUUGUUGCGUUCAGACCUUUCUGACUGCUCUAUGUUCACAAACCCGCUUUACAAAUUUCCAGUUGGUGGCACUAAUGCAGCUUUACUCUUCAGUAGAAACUCUUUGUGUUUAAACUGAAAACUAAACGUAUAAAGAAGUGGAUGUUCCCUCUCAUCCAGACUUUCAUGAGUCCAUGAAACGCCCCUGGAGAGGCAUGCUGGACAUCUUCAUCCUCGAUGAAUGUCAGAUAUGAAAGUAACCCCCCCCCCCGGGAGUUGGUGUGUCCUUGUCACUCUCAUGCAUGACAAUAAAUUUGGGAACAAAUACGAGAAAUUUUGUUUGAGGUGACAGAUUAAAUUUAGAUCACUAACUAAAGUACUUAACAAUAAUGUUGCUAACACAUUUUUCUAACAUCAGCAUUAACAGCCCCAGGAGUAUUUGCUCUGAUUUGUAUGCCUGUAGUUCAAGAGAUGGCUACUUUAGAGUCCCUUUAUUAGGGCUCGGCCACCUGUCAUUAACCGGCUGCUGUGGUGAUUUGCUGACUAGGAUAGACAUGUUAUGAUACAUAUACAUACUGUCAUCUUAAAGUGUCUAGGAAGAAGAAGAAGAAGGCAGAUGACAACUUCAGAAUCCUGAACUCCAGGCUUCAAAAGAAGAUUUAUGGUUCAACAUAAUGGAAUUCAGUGGAAUGGAAUUCAUUCACUUUACACUGAAUGAAAUCAGGAUGGAGUUGACUGGAAUUGCUGGAUUGGAUUGAUCAGAAUGGAUUGGAUGGGAUUGGAUUGAUCAGAUUGGAUUUAUCAGAUUAGAUCGAAAAUGGAAUGGAUUGGAAUGGAAUUGUAUGGAACGUCCAAUGAAAUUAAAUGGACCGGACUGGAAUUGAAUGGAGCGGAUUGGAUUUGAAAGGAAUGGAAUGGAAUGUAGCUAUAUGGAAUAGCACUAAUUGGAAUCAAUUGGACACAAGUGGCAUGACAUUACAACAGUAUCCAAAUAGGGAAAAGUAUCAGUCCCAACUCCAAGGCCAUACUUCUUCUUUACUAUGCUCAUUAAAAAGAAACAGAUAUGACUCUGCAAGCAUUCACACCAAGUGGUUUUCAGUAAAUGAUGAUUAACAUACGUAUAUAAUGAUAAAAUACACGUGAUAGCAUACACAUACAAUUUUCCUUUCAAUACAGAACAUGAAUCGUAUACACUGUGUAGAGUUACUGCUUACUGCUACUUUGCCCUUUAUAUAAACAGUGAAAACUAAUAUACAGCUACAGUUACAAAAAACUACAGAAACGGAGUCACAAUAAACUGAAUCAUAAUAACACUUGUGUGACAAAGUCAACAGAACUUUAUGCAGAAAACUGAUUGUCCAAAUUACGCUCUGUGAUGCUGUAUGUUAACCUGUCGUUACUCUGCUCCAGUCCUGUCUCUGUACUUAUCUGAAGAGAGGUUGAAGGAGCAGAAUGUUGAUGCACUUGUAAAAUAUAGUAAUUUGAGUUAACACAAAGGCAUACGCUCUUAAAAGUCAGUGAGUCAUAUCAUUGUAGCUUCUAGUGGGUUUUUUUUCGUCCAUCAUUUCCAGGACUCAGCGGUCUGAUGAAAGGUUCAUAAAAAACAGCAGAGCUAUAGGUAAUGGCCUCCUUCACAGAGCUGUGAUUUCCAUCAUUGAAGCUCUCUCUUUCUCUUCACAUGUUGACCUUGACAUCUGACAGUUGAUUAGCAGCUGAUAAUCCUCAGAGCCUUCAGUUAAUAAUUUAGCAGUUACAGAAAGAGAGACUCCUCUUUGGUGUUUGACUGGUGGAAAUAACGACUUCAAGUGUCAUUAGUGGAGGAACCUUUCAGCCUCGCUCAGCCGGCUCUCUCACACUGAUGAGUUCUGCUCUGCUUCAUAUUGUUCAUCUCUGACUGUCAAGGUUGGCUUGAUACAGUGUCAGGCUGGGUGUAAUGCGAGUGAAUUACCUUUUAAUCACUGAGUCACAGUGGAAAAAACAGUCAAUUUAUGUCUUACUGUGUAAUAAUAGAGGUUUAAUUAGUUUGAUAUAAAUGAAUGAUCUUAUGAGGAAUUUUAAUUGUAUGUUGAUUUAUCAGCCUCCUAUUUUGCUGUUAAACUUCUCGAAAAAAUAAUGCUGUUUCUGCAGCGAUCGCCUCAUCUGACACACCCACCCUGGGGUAGGAACCACAUAAAAAAAUUAAUCUACUUCCUGCUCACAGACCGUAAAAAGAUGGAUUAACUUCUCAAAAGUGAAGCCAAAGCAUAAUGUGCUCCUUCUAUGGACUGCCUGCAGUGUUAGUCCCAAACCAUUCUGCAGAAUUAUUCAGUAUUGGGGAUACACACAUGCAUCACAAAGUUGAUAGUAGGUAAAAAUAUGAGAUAUAGAUGCUUUUAAGGUGGUUUAAGGCUGUAAUUGACAGCUUUGUUGACAAAUGCACCCUCUAUGGCUGUGUGCACCAGAUUAGUACAGUAAAGGUAAGAGGAACUCUAACAAACUAGGACCUAAGACGUGAUGAUUUUUAUUGUAGGAUGGUAGGGGAAAGUCCCACCUCCUUCGCAUCUGAUUGGCUAGAAAAGCUGGAAACGUCAUCACACGCUCAAGCCAAAUGCAGGCUGUCGCCUCUGUACAUUGAACAGAACUUUACAGUACAUUAUCGCAUUUCUGAAUCUCCUAACUCUAACCCGACAGACGAUAUCGUUUCACAGCCACAAGAAAUAACCAAUCGGAGCCCAGCACCUAUGGCCAAUCAGAGGCAAAUGAGGGCGGGACCUUCCCCUACUAUCCUACAAAAAAAAAUUUGGCACCCAGGACCAGUCCUCAGGAGAGUUUCUGCUGCCUUUGGGUCCAAAAACAGAAAAUAAGUUGUUACUCUGGCGUUUUAAGUUACACGAGUAUGAAAGUUGGUAUAGAGUAAAGUAAUAAAACCAAAUUUUGGUGCUUGCUACCUCUCAUUUUUAAUUUAUCCUCCACAGAAUUCAGUGUUUGGCAAAAGAAUCCAUGUCUGCUUGACAAAAUCUUAAAGUACAGCUGCUUUUGAACCCUUUAUGUUCAGUAUAACUGUCUUAUUCAUAUUUUUCAAAAACUUCCUGAAUUUGUGAGCUUUAAUUUGAGAUCUCGAUGACCUUUAUAUCUUAAAAAUUACACUUUAUGAAGCCCUAAAUCCAACACUUUGUUCAUCUUUUCUGCUUAAGUGAAUACUACAGUAAAAAUAAAACAUCUUUAAACUAAAAACUCAUCCUGAGGACUGGUUCUGGCUCCUGGCCCGACGGAUCUGUAUCAUCGUAGACCAUGUUGACACGAGAGACGUUUUGACAUUUCAUUAGUAAGUUGUUUUGUUGCAGAAUUGGCAGGCUGUCCAUACCACAGCCUCGGUAUUAAUUCCUAUUGUGAAGAUGAUUCUGACUCCAAGAACAGCACCGGCACAAAAUGCCAGCGCCCAUCACGGGAAGCGUUUAGCCUUCAUUAAAAUGAGAGGAGGUGGAGAUGCCAUGUCCAUCUUUAUUUAUAAUGAAUCUCACUUCCCUUUGUAGGUCAUACAGAUGAGUACUAAUUUCAGAGGAUUAUAUUGUAAGUAUAAAGUUAAGAGCUUAAUUGUAAAGUGUCGGCUGCGUGACGAGAAUACUGCUGCACUUCGUGUUGUCAUGGCGAGCCACAAAGAUCUCUCACAUGUGCUAGAGCUGGAAAUGCUUAGCUGGACCCCAGUCCCGCUCUGGGGGCUGAUUGGCUUGGCCCAUCACUGCAUUUGGAAGAUUAAACUGUGCUGCAGUAUGGAAGACCACGGGAUGUGGGAUGGAAGCCCAGGAAGGACAGAAACAGUGCAGCGUAAACAAGAGAUGACCUUCAGGACAAGAAGGACAGGGUUGGAGCUCAGAAUAGAGAAACUUAACGCUCACUCUUGUGACACAGACUUUGACAUUCGUGUCAGUCUCCACUUUUUUUGCGGUCAUCGCUGAUUCAUCGCUUUAUUGCGACAAGAGAGGGAAUCUUGAAUCAUAUUUCUAUGCUGCAAACUUGGCUUUGGGGCUGUUAUCAAGUGUUAAUGCUGCAUGCUUGAAAGGGUUUUGUUCAGCUUGUCAGAAUUAUGCAAAAUCUUUUCAUCUUAAAUGCGCUUUUUUUCCCCAAUUUUGAGGGUAUUUGUGGCUUGGCCCACUUUCCCAUAGCCAUUAAGAACAACCACAACAGCAAACAGUGUUUUCAUGCCAGUGAAAUCAGUCAGGGUGUCCAAAAAAUGCAACAUCUUUUCAUCUAAAUACAUCAUGUUUAACCUAUUUAAGCCUAAUUAGCUGGGCUCAUCUAGCAUUCGCUGCUGAUUCAUGUAUAAAUUGUUAUUGAUUUAUUUGCGAAAACAGAUCUUCAGCCAAUUCAUUAUUGCAGAAAUAGAAACAAUCUUGAGUCACCUUUCAGUGCUACAGAAAUUGACCCGGUGCCGUCAGAGCUGUGUACUGUUUAUGCUUCAUUCAGCCGGGAGCAUUGCUCAGGAGGUCCAAACAAUACAGCGUCUUUUUGUCUUGAGUAGAUUUCUUUUUCUUUUGUCUCUACAGUAGGUAAACAAAAGGACAAAUCUCGUGUGCGUCCAACAGACAGCGUGGGGAAGUGGAGGUAUUAGCAUGGGAGGCGGCAGACAUCAGGAGAGUUAAUCUGCGAUAUGAUGAGGCCACCUGGCAAGGUCAGAGGCAGCUCUCCUGGGAAGAAUGAGCCGCCCCAUCACACAUGAUAGAUUCCCUCUAUUGGGAAAUAACCUGCAAAGGUGUCCUUUUGAUAAUAGAGAUCACAUUAACAUUAAAACAAACAGCGUCAUCAGUCCUGGGAGUGUUGCAGGAACAGCGAAAAAUCAAAUUGUGAUUGUCAGUUUCCCAUCGAUGCUCCAUGAUAAUCAUUUUUUCUCUGUAACUCUUACUUAAUGUGAUAGAUCUAAUCUUGUCUCAUAGAGGCUUCUUUGAAGUGCCCUCUGUAUUCCAGUCAGCGAUGUACAGUGCGGAUGAAUCAGCAGAAGCCUCUCUGCGGUGCAUCAUUACCUCUGGAGGUACCAUUAGGGAGAUCCCUCAAAUUUAACUCGGUGGAAGGCAGGAAGCUGCAAAAGAUGCAUGAGGCAUGUUACACAACCAGUUUGAGAUAUUAUGCUGCUAUUACCCUCUUGCAGCUUUUUCCUCUUCUAUAAAAUAAUAGUUUUAGGUUGUUUUGGCCCCAAGAGGGUCUACUUUAUUGAUGAUAGUGUUGGCGUCCUUUAUAGCUAUUAUUCUUGGCCCCUUAUGUUGUAGUUUCAUCAAUAAACAAUAUAUUUGAGAUAUAGAAAGGGGCAGAUUACCUGUCUGAGGGAGGGAUGUGCGGCGUGAAUAAUGCAGAAUAUAUCCAAAUCUGACUUUGUGCAUUACUUUUGACUCACAAUGAAUUACUGUCUGAACAUUGCACAUUGUUGUGUGCAAGUUUUUUGUACACACUUCUUGCACAUCUGCAUCAAAAUGUUCAAAACUUUGAUAUGCAAAUAGGUCAUUAAAAGUUAUUCAACACUGCGUUUUACCUGCUUUCUAGUUUAUUUUCUAUUCAUAUAAGUUUCAACAUUUUGCAAAUAAACCUUCAUUCCAGUUAUUAUAUGUCCACCAAGAGGAGUUAAACUUUUGCAAAAUCAAUCUACCGUUGCUUUUGGUGCGUAUUUGUCUUCAUACUUCUUCACAGCGGCCGCUCAACUCUUGACAGUGUUUGCAAAAGUUAGUUCAGUGUCUUCUGGAGACAGAAUAACCUUGGUAAGUGAAUUGGUUUUGAAGCACAUCACAGUGGGUGUGAGUGGGUGUGAGUGGGACGGAUAAACAGCACGACAGCACUUUGCUUCAAUUCACACAUUAUUGAGCAAAUAUGGAGGCUAUCAGCUUUUGACAGGAGCAAUAGAAAAGUUAAGUGUUGCUGUGUCUGCAUUUGUGCACCUCAGUAAACACGCAGACACAAACACACACACACUCACAUGCGCGUCAUUGUUAGGGGUGAGGUGGGGAGGAGGUAGGGUUGGAUUGGAUAUCAGAUCUGUCCUCUUUUGCCCUCUGUUUGGCUGCAGCCUGUCACACUUGAUCACCACAUUUUGAACCCAGAUGUCUGAUUGAUUACCUUCAAGUUCAAUUAAACUGUGAAAGGAGCUAUUUUUAUCUGGAAACAGACAGCGGGACACGGCUGACCUCAGGUCCCUCACAUGGAUGACAGAGUCUCCUGUGGAGGCCUUGAAUCCAGAUCUACAGCAAAAACAGUCGGAGGAUCUGAACAAGUUCAUCUGCUUCAGUCUCUGAGGAGGAUACUGAUAUACUCUUCAUCUUUCCUUCUGUCUUUUUGUCUGUCAGGCUGAAUGUCUGCAUCAUGUCCGUCUGUAUCUCUGUUUACUGCCUGCUUGUCUUUCUGAGAAUCAGUUUUUCAGUGUUUUUGUGUCUUUAUUUCCAUCUGCCCAUCCUUCUUCCUGUGGGCCUCUCUCCAUCCAUCUGUCUUUCUCUUAUCUUUCUGUCUGUCUGUCCCUCUUUCUAUCAAUUUCGUCUCACUUUCUCUAUAUCUGUUUGUCCUUUGGUCAUUUUUCCUGUCCAUCAGUCAGUAUUUCUUCCUUUCUUGUGAUGUUCUUUCUUUCUUUUUUUCCCUCCUGCUUUCUCUUUUUUCUCUUUUUUCUCUUUUUCUUUCUUUCUUUCUUUCUUUCUUUCUUUCUUUCUUGCUUUCUUGCUUUCUUGCUUUCAUUAGGGAUUUAAGAUCCUUUAAAACAAACUUUUCCCUUCAUCGCUGUCAAACUAAAUGACAAUAAUCAUGACUUUAACACAGGUGUGGGGACAUCAGUUGUAAAAGCAACCUCUACAAAAUCCAAAGUUGGAUAGGAUAAAUGGUUAAUAUAUUUUGUUAAUCUGGCCCAACACAUCUGUUAGUUAGGAUCUCUAUAAACCCCUGGAGCUGGACUCUAAACCCAACAAGACACCAGCUAUUUAUGUUUAGACAACCGAAUCAUGGUCAGAAAAAGUUGACAAUAAAAGUUUAAACUCUGUAUUUGUUACCAAACUUUGAGAUAGACUAUGAAAAAGGAUUUUAAAGUCAUUCUGCUAUGAAGCACAAAUAGUGAUGAGAGUCUAAGCUAAAACAUAUUUGCGUGCUCAGUCACUGGUGAGGCUUUAGUGGAGUUACUUUGAAUUAAUACUGUGUUCUUCUGUCUUAAUGUGUGUUUACUAUCCUCAGUGGGCUGACAGAUGGUCCAUUUCAACGCUGUUUGCAGCUUUAAUUAUUUGUUUGUACUUUAACUUUGGUAGGACGUUGUUGUUUGACUCUGUUUCACAACACUUUAGUGUGUUUUGAUAGGAGCUGUUUUUAAUUUCUUGCCUCUAACUUGAUGUCACAUUUUUAUUGUAGAGGUCAGGGGGUUGACAUGCACAUCACGUAGCUGCAGGGCAAUUAAAAAGCAGUGACAUAUUAUUAGAGUGCUUUAUUUUGACAGUGUAUGGAAAUUGCAAAUCCACUUUUGCCAAUUUGUCCUUAAGUGUCAAAUAGCAAAGUUAAAGAGAUAUCCAUUACUAGAGUGUUUGAUGUAAAAUGUGUGUCUGUCUACAGGAGAGGACCGCAUCAGGGAGAAUGUGGUGGGCACUACAGAAGCACAGUCAGCGUGCACCGCAGGAGGAGCAGAGUCCGGCUCCAGCAGACGGAGACUCCACUGCUGCAUUAAAGUAACAACUGUGCAGGUGCAGAAGGCCCUGUGGGGGGUCGCCAUGGUGAUGUGCGUGUGCUCGUCCUGGGCAGGCUCCACCCAGCUGGCCAAGCUGACCUUUAAGCAGUUUGACGCCCCCUUCACCCUCACCUGGUUCGCCACCACCUGGAACUGCCUCUUCUUCCCCCUCUACUACAUCGGCCACCUGUGCAAGAGUCCAGAGAGGCAGACACCCAGACAGAGAUUCAGGUGAGGAGGCCAUCACUGCCUCAGCAAGUAAACUUAAAGUUUGGAUUAGUCAUAAUAUGAGUUUAUCAAACAAAGAAAAAGAUAUAUAGAGCGGCAUUUGGCCUGAAGGGGCUGGCAGAAAGAUGACCCACUCUACCGCAGAGCCACAGCCAUCCUGUGAAAUGGAGAGUAAACUUUAUUAUUCAAGAAAAAGCCAGGGGCAGGUUUUAUUUAAUCCCCUUGAAUUUCUUGUAAAACCUCACAAUCCUAAAGGCUGUUAGCUGUGAGAAGCUGAAACCUGUUUUGUGUCCUAUAUACCGAAUGUGUAGGUGUUGUUGAAAAGUGUUGCUGCAGAGUUUCAGGUCGAGUUGAGAUGAACCAGGUGAGAUGAGAUAAGAUUAAAAACAACUGUUGAGAUGGUUUCCAAUGUUCCUGGAUAAGGAGAAACCAGGAUGGGACCAUGUUUUUUCACACAAAUCCAAAAAUCAGGAUUGGGUUCAAAAGCAAUCAAAGCGACCGUACCUGAGCUUUCUCUAACACUUUCCCUUUUGUUGUACCGCUUUAGAUUUCUUUUUACGUAUUUCCUUCGCUUUAAGAAUAUGUAUUCGGAAUCUCCUCUGCAGCCUAAAUAGAGAUGCUUAUUCACCAAAAUCGUCCAGUCAACUGCAGAUAGAUUUGUUUUCUUUUCUUUCUACAUUCGCCAAUCAGGCACGACCAUCAACAUUCACAUCAGAAAAGAAAGCAAUUUUCCAUCAGCAGCAGCCUCGGCAGACAAGAAUACAAUUAGAAAUCGUUCUGUGGGAAGAUGUUUUCUUCCCUGAUAACAAAUAAUCUCACUGUUCUGCUUUGUAGAGAAAAAAUCUAGCGGCUGAAAUGGUUAGAAACAUCCUGCAGAGACUGUUAAAAAGCCUUUUGGGAGGUUUGUAGAUGCUGCCUGUGGUCAGCUUCAAGAAAUGGAGGUUUAAAGAUGAGCGUAGAGGUUCACACAACAUGAAUAAGACAAGAGGACUUUUUAAUGUUGAUACUUUUAUCUGAUCUUUGAUUUUUAAUGGAUGACUUUUACCUCUUCAAACUUUAUAAAGAUACAGAACAAAACUUUCUGUCCAGUUGAGUUUGUGGGAAUUUUGUAAAGGUCUCCAGGACAGUUCAAGACUCUUCCAAGAAAGGUAUACAAGUUGUAUCCAACAUAUUGAUCCAUCCUUCCAAAUUGGACCAUAAAACAUGAACUGGAUGACCUUCUCUAUAUGUGUUUGCAUUGCCAGAAGUUAAUCCUCAUGCAAACAAUGUGACAGGGGCGAGAGCUGGGUGCUUGAUUUUUAUUUGAUUAUGAUUAUGGACCCCAAUGAUCCUAAAAAUACAAUAAUUGAGACUAAACGGUAUUGUGCCACCUGCUUAUUGCCCCCACUACAUCCUACACAUUGAACAAAUAGUUCUGACUCAUCAUAAAAUAUAAACCCAAGUCGUCACGCUCUGAAGGGCGUUUUGUGAAAGCUCGAAAAGACUGAAUGAUUUGUUCGAGCUGCAAAAACUCUUAAAGGAAAGUGAAGGAGUGAUGCAUGAUCCCUUUCAGACAUAUUUCAUAAAACUUUUUAAAACUCUCAGAUUUGGCGCUAUAUUUAAAAAAGGUUUAAUUGAUAUUCUUAAUAACUUUACUAGAACAGUGAACGAACUCAUAUUACCUACAUACUUAAGCAUAAUGACAACUUCUAAAUAUUAGAUGAUAGUUUAGUAAAUCAAUUAUGCUAACCCCUGAGAGUAGCCCCUUACAUGUCCGAACUCAAACAUUAUAACAUUUAAUUUGGUCAAACAGUGUCCAACAAAGAGCGGACUCUUUCAGCUCUAGAGAAGGACAGUCUUAUCUUUCAGCUUCAUCCUCGUUAAUUAGACCAUGUUGAUGAACUCUAACUGGAGUUGUUUGCCUCCUGUGUUUGCUGUUUAUUUGUGCACACUCUCUCCCUGUUCAUUCUUGGUUUCCAAAAGGAGCUCUCCUCUUAUUUAAUUUGAACGAUCCUGUACUAUGCUGAGUUAUUCUGCUGCAGCGAGCAGAAAGAAGUUAAUCUUAGGUGUGUCAGAAGAGCUGUCGCAGUUCAAACACUCCAUUAAUCACGGUCUUUAGACAAAAGUCUUAUCUCUGCUACCUGCUGUGCUACUUUAGUGUACAGAGACAAAAAAAAGGCAGUGGGAUUGAAGGUGUGGUGGUGGUGGUGCAGGCGGGGUUUGUUCUGUGUCAGUGCAGCACCUCUGUGAUGUAAUUCCUCCUCUCUGAGGGCUUACACCAGGAUCAGGGGCUCCCAAUCCUCUAUCAGAGAUGAUGUGCUCCGAAUAUCAAACACUAGGUUUCCUUUGUGUUCUUCGAAAAUGCCCCUGGUGAGGAACACAGAUAGAGAGCUGACAUUUGUAGCAGCAGCUUCAUACUUAUUUCACUGUAUCAGGAUGUUGUCCACCAUUUUAUUUUGCUUUAUUGGUUUGUGAUGUACAUGAAAAGUAGCUUUUUUUGUGUACAACCCAUGUUUGUACAGAAAAGCUCGCAUGAAGAGAUUCAAUCAGCAGUAAAACAAACACUGAUACCUCUGAAUUCCUCUCUUUUAAAUUUAAUUUUAUGUACAUGCUUAAUGUACAUUUUUAUGUGUACCACCGACCUGGCAGGAGCCAUGAUCGGAAAUUAGCCCAUGGCGGCAAUCUGGCACAUUUACAUCCCCAUGUUCAUUCAUGUGCACUGCCCCUUAUCAUAAAUAAAUGGGAUGAAUAAAUUAAUAGAUGCCCUACAAAAGCAAACCAGAAAGUGACUUUUCAUCAUGGCGCCAUGUUGGUGUCAGAUGAGGUGAUUGAACACCGCUGAGGGAACCUUUGCCCACGUUUUCCAGAGUUUCACACUAAGUGAGACAUCUGAGUAACAUAAGAAGAAGAGGAUUGGCUAAGAGACAAGACAUAAUGCUUUGACUAAAGUGCUAAAGAAAGUUCCUGACAGGAGCUUUAACUGACAAUUUCCUCUAUAUUACAUUUACAUCCUCCAGGAGAGACAGGAAAAUGGUAUAAAUGAACAUGAUACUUUAGUGCAGUUUACAAAAAAUAUACAAUUUAACCCUAACCCUGGUAUAUUCAAUGGUAUAAUGUGUACGUUGCUAAAUAAAGAAUUUGUUUCACUGUAAAUAGGAGUACUGCACCAUAAAAACAUUAUAUUAUGUAUUGCACCAUAAGUAAUUUAAUGCACUGUUAAAAUAGAUAAUGCAUUGUCAAUUUAUACUGCACAGGAUAUCAUGUAGACUACAUAGUAUAUGAAGUGCUAGAAACAGCAUAGAUCACAGGAUAAAUAAUAUACUGUAUAUUGUACAGAAAGAAUUUGUGCAGGAAAGGAAACUAUGACUGCAUGAUUGAUAAUUUAUACUGCAUUGUUAAACUGAAUGAAACACUCAAAAAUGAACAAUAAUAAAUGCAUAUUGCACAGAAAAUAACAUAAAUUGCAUGGUAGAUAUUGUAUUUUGGACGAUCCACCGCAACACACAGCGGUCUGAGGAGCCAUACACAAACCUCAACCACAACGCCACUCCCUAGCCACAAAUAAUGCUCAGAACAGCGCCUAACUUCAUCAACAGGACAUAUAGGGUCCAAGCCAUAGCACUAGCCACCAAACAUCUUUUUAAUUUUGCCUAAUUUCUUCAGCAAAGAAACUAAACACAACUCACCUACUCUCUUCCAGCAGCCACUUGUUUGUAGCGAAACCUCGACCAGUCCAUUACGGACUACUGCAGGGUGACGCAGCUCAAGGAAGAACAUUUAUGAUCAUUACUUUAUGGAAGUGCAAUCAGACCAAGAUGCUAAGGCAGAAGAACUACAGCGUCUGCAGUGCAAAAUGAUCAAUAUGAUGAUUAUUACUUCAAAGAAAUGAUAAAGAAAGGAAUAUCCCUUUAACACUCUCCAUCCUUUGACUUUCUCAUACAGUCAUGUGAACACUAUCUAUAAUUUGAGUGUAAAGCUGUUGCCUCAAACGUUUGUGAAGAAACGAUGAUGGACUUGACUGCUACUGUCUCUGAAUUGGCUUUGUGUUUGUGAAAAGACCGAGUGAGGAGUGUGUGUGUGUGUGUAUGUGUGUGUGUGUGUGUGUAUUAGCGCUGACUCAGCUUAUUCAGAACAAAGCUUGCUCAUCUGCAUCUGGCAGCGCUCUCCUCACUGUGUUACCUGCCAAUCCUCCUUUACUGCUGCUUCAUUGCUUUCACAAGGCCAGAUGGAUUCAGGCUAAACUGUGUAACUCAGGAGCAGCAUAAACAACAGCAUUUAAAGAGCGAUGAUGUUGUAUUUAGGAGUAUGACAUUUCAAAACACUGAAACACGAGUGGACCAGAUCUAUCAGUCUGUCGUUUUUUGAUACCCACACAUAAUGUAAUGGUUUUGUUCCUGUCUCACAUUACGAUGGGUGUGAAACAAUGACUGUCAGGCGAAUAGCUUAGAGUGUCUGCUGUUAUGCUAUUGUGUUUUUAUUCAAUAUAAAUGUUUAAAAUCCUGCAGCUUCUUCUUUUGUACUCUAAACUGCUCUUGACAGGCGGAAAGUCCAGAUUUAGGCCGACUGACGGAAAAUAUCACUGAAAAAACAUGCUCUCUUUACCUGGGUUUUAUUUGUGGUGGUAAAUAUUUUUCUGUGUCGUUGUAAGUGGUGCACAAUAUUUAGCAAAUAUGCUCAUCUAUGCAAAUGUGGAUGAGCUAUUUGACUAGUCUGGGGUCACCUUGGUAAAUGGGCCUGAAACUGUUCAAUUCAUCCCAUUUUUUAGGGGGUGUUAGCAAAAGCCGCAUGGAAAAUGAACGAAAAUGAAAAUACAUCAUCUGGUUUAUUCAAAACAGCUGCAGCAGCAGAUUCAGUGGAUGGUCCAGUAGGAGAAGUGGCCAUCUUGGUUGUUUACAAACACUUUCCAUGUUAGAUAUACAAUACAAUAAAUGACACAUUUAAAGGUUUUUAGUUUGCAGGGUGAGAUUUUUGGUCUAAAAUCACUAUUCAAGCAUGUAGAGGAGUGAGGCAAGGCUGCUUCAAUCAAAGGGAGCGCCAAAAUUUGUUUGUAUUUCUGGAACAAACCCUGAUUUAGAAAAACUAAGCCUGGACAUGUCAGAUCUAGACUAGACUAGACUAUACGUUUCAUAUUAAGGUAGCAGGCUAAAAACAUUGAUGUCUUGAAGUGGGUUUCCUACAAUGCAAAGGGCAACCUGUGUGCAAGCCAUUUGUUUACCUACUUAUGUUUACAGUCCAGUCUGUUAAAAGAAUAAAAACUGCAGCUAGUGAGCAUUUCAGGAAACAGCAAAGGACAUAAAUAAAAAGUCAGCUCAUGGGGUACAGCCUGUGCCUCCCUUUGUUCUGAGUCAUGAUAUUUAACACAUGCAUAAGUCCUGAAAACAGAUUGUUUUGUGUGCGUCCCAACUGUAUUCAUAAAAUAUUAAGCUGUACACGCCUCCAGCACAACACGCAUAUGGAACUUUAUACCCAGAAAAUGAGCACUCUGAGUUUUCUGACAAUGCAGAGAAGAGGAGGGAAACAAAAGAGGGAUAUAUUUGUUGAAUUUUUCCAAAUGAAUCUCUUCUACAUUGUUUUUAUAAAUGUGUUGUAUCUUCUUCAGUGUUGCCCUCAGUUAAACUCAAACUGUGCAGCAGAAACUGGCAGAGACGGAUCAAAAAAAGGCCUGAGGGAGAGAUCAAUAGUUAAGUUUUAUGCAGAGAAACAUCUGAACUCUAUCUCCCCUCUAACUUCACUUUCUUGUGGCAGAUCUGAUUAUUUCUGUAAAUAUUUAUUCGCUCCUUCAAUAGUCGAUUUCCCACGUGCACUGCAAUGCAAUAAUCAUUAAGAUGUGACUGUUAAAAUGGGAAUUACUUCGUACGCUCAUUACUGAUCACUGAUUAAAAGCCCUGGUCCCUCAGGUAGCAUUAUUUCAGAUGGAGCCAUUUAUAUUCAUAAAUAUUGAUUAAAAUCUCCCACACUAUAAUGAUAUCCAUCAAAUCUUAAAUGACUUUCAGUCUUCUAACGCUGCUCGCCUCAUUGUCUCUGUGUCGUAGGGAGUGCUGUCGGUUUUUUGGAGACGACGGCCUUACACCCAAGGUGUUCUUCACCAAGGUGGCGCCCUUCGGCCUGCUGUGGAUCCUCACCAACUACCUGUACCUGCAGGCUCUCAGGAAGAUCAACACAACAGACGUGUCAGCACUCUUCUGUUGUAACAAGGCCUUCGUCUUCCUGCUGUCCUGGAUUGUACUCAGAGACCGCUUCAUGGGGGUCAGGGUGAGUUCAUCUGCCAGCGUCUGUUUGUCUCUGUUUUCUUGUUGUUUCUUUUUUUUUUUAACCACCUGAAAGAGAAAAUGUUGCUGCUGCAGUUUUUGAUUAGAGUAAAAAAAAAAAAAAGUAGGGAGGGUGAAAAUUAAUGAUUUAGCCUUCAGGCUACAUCUCAGCCGGCUUUCACCUGAAAUAAACUACAUAAUGGCGAACAAAACUGCAGUCAUUGAUUUGGUGUUAUUGGAUUAGUUAUAAAGACAGUUCAUUUCUUUUUACUACUGCUAUCAUGGUUACAUUUGUAUUUCCUCCUGAUUGGCUAUCAUUUUGUUCCUCUUGACGACCGACAGAGUGCAGUGUCUCCAAUGUUCGCCACACUGGUAAGGAUCUCUGACCGUAGAUAUUGAACAUGUUUAGUAUUUAAGAUUUCAACUUAGGGGACUCUGAUGGUCUUCAGCUCUGAUCGGACAAUCUGACCUCUUUGCUUAUGUCGAAGCAAGGAAGGAAUGAGGAUAGUUAUCUCAAAGUGUGUACCUCAGUUGACAGGGGAAAUUCACGUCGACUGCUGCAGAUAGCGGUGCAAAAAACUGCAGUUCCUUAAGUGUCCACUUGAGGCUGGCUCUGAAAUUUUGUAAGGCCCCAUCUGAGCCCAUAUAAUGGAACGUAAAACAUAUUUUACAGCAGGAAUAAACAUGUUUACAGCCUGGUAGAAAAACUGUUUUGCAAGUUUGGCCUCAGUUUUGCACUCAUCAAAACUUCUUGAGGCUGAAAUUACCUGAUAACUCUUCUGUUUUGAUCAUAUAAAGGUUGAAAGUUAUGCUUGAUAAGAGCAUAAGAAGAGGUGUAGCUGAUUUGACUGACAUCUGGGGAGGUUACGGCUGUUUUCCAGUCAAAACAAGAGAAAGUUAACAUUACAUAAAGGUCAAACAGAUUUGACCUUUAGCAGAGGUGUCGCCCUCUCUCUCUCUCUUCCUAUCUUAUCAGUUAUCACAUCGCCUUUGAAGGGUCACAACCAGAAACCAUCAGUAUGAGCACAGACUAAAGUGUUUCUGCUGUGCUGUAUGUUUUUGCUGUGCUUCUUUUUCAAUUUGCAUUUAAUGUAUGAAGUCAAUGCCAUCUCGUGUAUUGAUUCACCGGUGUAUCACUGCAACUUAAAUACAGUGUUGCAGCAAAGGCAGACUGUGCAGAAGGAGAUAACAGAGUAACCUUCACUUGCCUUUAGGGUGCUUAAUCUCUCUUGCUGUGCUUUAGUGGAGGUGUAUACAGUAGGCCCGAUCUGCUCUCUUGUCUGUUAUAAGGUGUCAAAGUGUACUUUGUUAAAAAAAUUUCCAAGUAUAAAAUGAUAAAAAUGUCAUAGAACAGUAUGAUAAAAAUGUCAUAGUAAUGUGUGAUAAAAAUGUCAUAGUAUAGUAUGAUAAAAAAUGUCAUAGUAUAGUAUGAUAAAAAAUGUCAUAGUUUAGUAUGAUCAAAAUGUCAUAGUAAUGUGUGAUAAAAAUGUCAUAGUAUAGUGUGAUAAAAAUGUCAUAGUAUAGUAUGUUAAAAUGUCAUACUACAGUAUGAUAAAAAUGUCAUAGUACAGUAUGAUAAAAAUGACAUAGUUUUGUGAGGUAAAAAUUUUAAAUUUUAAAAUGUAAAAAUCAUCAUACUGUUGUUCAGAAAUAUCAUAGUAAAGUAUGAUGAAAAUUUGAAAAUUUUGGUUGAAUUUUUUAUUUCAUCGCAUAGUAUGAUAAAAACAUCAAAGUAUAGAAUGAUAAAAAAAGAAAAAUAUGAUAGUACAGUAUGAAAAUAAUGUCAUAUGAUAGUAUGAUAAAAAAUUAUAAUUUUAAUUUGAAAAAUAUGAUAGUACAGUAUGAAAAUAAUGUCAAAGGAUAAUAUGAUAAAAGUUUUACAUUUUAGGUCAAAAAAAAUGUCAUAGUAUAGUACAAUGAAAUUGUAAUAAAAUGAAAUUCAAUAAAAAAUUCUAAUUUUAAUAUAAAAUAAUAUCAUUGUGUUGUGACACAACAUUGUAAUAGUAUUGUACAAUAAAAUUAGGAUGAAAAAAUUGUCAUAGUGUACUACGUUAAAAAAAGUUGUAGAGUACUAUGAUAAAAAUGAUAGAAAUGUCUUACUACAGUAAAAUAAAAAUGUCAUAGUAUAGUACAAAAAUAUAGACAAAAAUGUAAAAACAUUCAAAAUUAAAAAAAAAAACAUGUUAUUGAUGAAAUUUUGUAUGAGCAUAUAUUUGUCCUAUAGCAAUAAAAUUUCAUUUUCUACACUUAGUUUGUUGUGUUUGCACUGUUGUCAGUUCACUAUUGAACAUAGUCUGAGUUCAGGCAGGCCACAAAGUCAAGCUCACAGUACAUCAGAUGAUCCCAGUGCCAGCCCAUAACAGCUGACAGCUCAGCCGAUUACCUUCUUCUCAUCCAAUCCCCAAAUGUCAGUAUGGGCGUUAAAUUUAAUUUGCUUUAGCCUGUCUACUCUUCCUGCACCCCUCCACAAUGUAAAAGCAUUUGGAGAUGCCUAAAGAAUGACAUUUUGAUGAGCAAAAACUGCAACAUAAGCAGCAGGAGACUCAUUUCUAUUGUCAGCUUCAGAUAGCUGCUUCUGAGAGUGUGUUUACUCUGUCUGCUGCACAUGAGUUCAGACAUAAGGAAGGAUUCAGGGUUUACUCUCCCUAAAGGAAUAUUGAUGAUCGGUAUUUUGUAGCUCACUGGAUUUACAGCUGACUGUGUGUGCUACACACAGCGCGUUGGAAUGAAUUUACCUGUGUGACAGUGUGAUUUCCCGCCAGCGCUUGCUGUGUCAUUCAAAUGUGUCUCUUGGUGUGUUUGUGAGUGUUUGUUUGUCUCUGAUUCUUUCUGCAUGAUGAGAGGAAAGCAGCAGAGUGAGCGUGCUCAGCUCUGUCAAUUGAGGUAUCUUCUCUCUUCUCGCUGCGCUCCUCGGAUGCUUUCAUAUCUGCAGCUGUCCUGCACCCUGCAGGAUGAAUUUCCCCCAUUUUUUUUCCGUCACACACUCCCAACUAUCCCAUCUCCUCCUACGUGCAUGCCCCUAUUCCCCACCCCCAUUAUCUAUGAUGAAAGGCCUCGGUGAGAGACAAAUACUGUAAUAUUUCUGCUCUCUCUCCCUCUCUCUCUCUCUCUCUCUCUCUCUUCUCCACCCACAGCUUCUCUCUCUCUCUCCCUCUCUUGGUAGUGAGGAUUGCAGUGUUUGGAUGUCUGCAGCAAUGCAGGGGAUCUUGCACGAGUUUGUCAUGAAAGUAAAGUAGAGGAGAGAGAUUGGUAGGAAAUGUAAAAUCAUUCUUGUCAAACAGCGAUAAUCUGGGGUUAUUGUCUGAAUGAAAAUAUGGGGAUUUAAUUGGCUCUGUGUGGUAGAGACUGCAGCAUCAGAGCAGGUUGUAAGCUUAUAAAAUAAACUGAAAAGAGUGUUUGUUUAUUUGGGUUUCUAUGCUGGAUUUAUCAGUCAUUAAAAAGAGUUAGAUGCAGCUUAAUCCGAAUCGUCACAUAGCUGUAAAAACGCUGUAAUCACAUAAGCUACUCUGUGUGUAGGUGUCAUGCGCCUUUCUCUCAUUGUGCUGAAGCAACCCCAGAAACCAAAACCCCAUCACAUGCCAGGUCACUGACCUUGUAAGCAAACAGUCCUGCAGAAAAUGAAAGGUGUUUCUGUGAGUGACGGCCUGCCUGCAGUGCAGAAAGAGCCACUUUGCCAAAGGCGCCCAGGGGCUUUGUCCAAGCAAAAACACACGGCUCAUUUAUCUUCCCUGACACCUCCUUAAUGCAGCGCUAAUCCACUCUGCUGGACUGUGCCCUGUCCCUAUUCAUCAGUCGAACACACAACGAUGUCCACAUGCGCUCUUACUCUCAGCAGAGACAUGUGCUGCAAAUGUAUCAGAGGUGUAGUUCAGGCUUUCUCAACUGGGGUUGUGUGAGGUACAGGUCAUAAGUCAGUGUUUUACCUGCAGUUGAUGCAAGUCAGCACAGCCCCUGUUUGCAGGAGCCAGCGGAGCAUAGAAGCUGAGCGAUGUGCUGCAAACGUGGAUGUUGUUUGCAGCAAAACAAACCUUAGUCCCUUUAAGAUGCUUGAACCAAAUGAUGAGUUUCUAUUUCGUGAACACACAUUUUCAGCAGAAUUGAGCAGAGCCUAACAUGAACAGAAACAGGAAUUCAGAUGCCUCCAUAAAAAUAUGCAGAAAACAAAUUAUGUUACAUUCAUAUAUGUUUUAUAAGUUUUAAUUUGCUUCCAGGCAGCCUGUUAGGGUGAUUUUCUUCAGCCAGUCAUGUCAGCCUUUAGGGCGGUGAAGCUGUGUCACUCAAAUACCUUUGAUUCUUUGGUGGUAGAUUUCUGGAGCCAUGGGCCUCCAACAUCUAUCCCCAACAAGGACCUCAUACCCAUGUUUAACAUCACUCGGGCUCCCAAAAUAUGUUGUGCUUUGUUAUUACCCUACAUGGACUCUCCUUUAGGUCAACAAGACGCAAGCGAAAUGUUUGGAAACAUGGGCAGCUAUAUAUACUUGAGCAGUCUCAGACCAGUUUUUGUUACACUUAGGUGACACUUGUGUUACACUUGUGUCAUGAUGAAGCUGCAACCCAGACCUGCAACCAGCAAAGCUUGUCAAAAUGAUCAUUUGUGUGGACCUUCCAUAUUUUUAAAGUGUGAACAAGGGCUAGGCAUCCUUCCACAGCCUUUGGCACUGUGUUGUCCCCCAACCUCAGAAGUUCUGCAAUUCUGCAGAGUUCACCAUUUUUCAUCAGGUGUUUUGAUCCAUGGAGUUGUGAGCAAACCUGAAUUCAAACCUUUUUUAAGAUAUCAAGAUUAUCUUUGUUUUUAUUCGAAGUGGCUCCAUCAAGAGUGUCCUGGUCACUGUUAUGAUCUCAGAAUGUUCUGCAGGGGCGAGCAAACGAUUUCAGAAUAAUUUUCCUCAGUUUACACUGUGAGGAAUUUGGGAAUUUCAUCAUCUUUCGUAUGUUAUGCUAAGCGUGUUAACCAACAUUGGAUGGUUGUGAUUAUCAGAGCUGUCAAGUGGCACUGCAUUAAAAAAAGAUCUGACUCUAGAGUGGAAACCGUUGCAUGGGCUCAUGUUUUAUCCAUGCAUCCUCAGCAAUUUAGAACAUGCCGAUGCACUGGCAUAAAAACACAAUAACGGUUUUCAGCCUUGACAUUUGAAUUAUCUUUGCAUGGUUGUAAUAAGAUACUGAAUGCUUUCAUGGAUUUGCAAACCAUGUAAUUGUGGAUUUACUUAAAUUUUACACAGUGCCUGAAGCUGGAGUAUUUGUUUCUUGUAAGUGAUAAACUGUAGCCUCAGGGUAGGUAUCAGACGAUUGACUGCGUCCCGCCAAAAUAGCCUUUUGUCUCAUUUUCUAUGGCAGUGAUUCUUGCUGAGUGACACAGUUUACUGUUAAAAAAAGGCAUAAUGAAUUAUUUGUUAAAGAAUCAAUGACAUGCAAACAGGACAAGAUCAGUUAAAAGAUAAUAGACAAUGAAUAAACACACAGUGAGUACGACCCCACAUCAAAAAAUCAGAACUAUCCCUUUAAGUGAAGAUGAAAGAUGCUGGCUCAGAUUCUUGGGGGAUGCAUUGUGGGAGAGUGGGAUGAAAGACCUGGGAUGGUGCCACUUAAAGCUCUGAUAAUGGCAGAGAUAGGGAGUGGGAGUGGGUGUAAGAGGUGGGGGUUGCUGGACUGAAGGAGUGUGUUAGGUUUGUAAACACGAUGGCAGAGUAAAGAAAAUCAAUGUCAGACAGCCGCCCCAGUGCUGUAGAGGCUGCCUGUCCUGUGUUGGAAGCACAUGCUGUGUGAAUCUGUGAUCAUUCGGUGAGUCUACAUGCUUGUGUUUGCCUGCAGACACCGACUAUAAAAGAAAACCCACAGACUAAUUAUAUCAUGUCCCGUAAGGCUUGUGAUUUCUGUGAGAGUGGGCCAUGUGGGCCUGCUGCGUCCCAGCACAGCAGUGAAGGCUCGGGCGUCUUUAUCACCGCACUGUGAGCAGCAUGUGGACCAUCCGUCAUUCGCUGAUCCCCCCUUCUCUCUUUCUCUCUCUCUCUUUUCCCCUCCACAGAUCGUAGCUGCUAUCUUGGCCAUAGCAGGCAUUGUAAUGAUGACCUAUGCUGAUGGGUUCCACAGCCACUCAGUCAUCGGUAUUACUCUGGUUGUGGCCUCUGCUUCAAUGUCGGCGCUUUACAAGGUAUUUGUUUUCAUUUGAUACACUUGAAGAACCACAUUACUGAACUCACACACUAUAAUCCUGACCUUCUUUUAUUUUGAGUGGGACUAACACAAAUAUAUUCAGACAAAUAGCCUUGCUCCUACAGAUGCUAGUGUCCUCUGAAUAGGGAAUUUACCGAUGUUUGCCUUUGUGUGCCCUUUUUAUCUCGAAUGAUCAUGUCUGCUUUAGUCUGAACUUUUCAGUUUCACACAAAUGUUUAAUUCCUGCACAUAAACUUUUUAUAAACUCAAACAUGCAACAAGUCUCCCUCUAGUCUAGCCUUGUAGGGACAUUAGAUACCCUAAAGGGUUAGACUAGACCCUGACUCAAACAGGGCGGUAUAGCUCACCUUGAAGGGACUCUAAUGCUGCGUUCCAGUUACCUCGGAGGUUGGAUGUCAGAGAUGGGAAUGACGUUAGACCUGAGUUGACGGCGAUCCAGUAAACAAGUUGGAAAACCAAGGUGGAUGCCUACAGUUACCCGUUGUUAGCUGUUGUUUACAGUUGUCAGCUGUCGUUGGCCGUUGUCAGUCGUUGUUAGCGGUUGUCAGCUGUUGUUAGCGUCGUGAUACCAGUUGUAAACAACGCACAACACAGUAUUUUACUCCUACAAACACCAGAGCUUUUAAUCUUUAAUGUCGAUAAACUGCGCUGCCAUCUUAAAUUAUGAUGGUGUCGUCAAGUCGGGGGUGGGCGAGGAUCGUCCAAAUUUCCGACUCGGAAAUCCCAACUUCAGAGUACAACUGGUACACAACAUAAUUCCAAUGUUCACCACAUAUUAUCCUGCCUAUUAGACAACUACUGACUAAAGUUGUAAAUAUAUGAUCCUAAAUGUCGAUUUAAAGGUGUUUUUGUUUAAAUAAAAAAUGACACUGGUACGGAUAUUUUUUUCAAUACCACGGUUGAUAGUGUUGCCAUGGCUACAGGUUCUGAAAAUCCAUAUAAAACAUGUAACUGGCUUUGACAACCAUAGGUUUUAGAUUUAAGCAUGUUGGGUAGCACCAGGGAUGGCCAAUCAGAUUUUAAAAGAGGCCUAAGCCACCCCUGGCCAUCCUUUGGACACACCCCUGUAUAUGUUGGUAAGUAAUGACAGUCAAGUCAUAAGAAAUCUGAAAAACAGCUAAAAUAAUACAAGAAAACAAAAGUGGUAUUAGUAUUAUGAUUGCAUUGGGACAUUUGUAAUCAGGUUGGCUUACUUCUGUUUAUCUCCCGGCUGCAGAAGUCAUUUAUCUGAAGCUCCCAAAUUAAUCUCACUCUGCAGAUCCCUGAUUAACUUUUUUACAGUUUGAGAAAAAUGAAGAACAAAUUCAGGGGUAUGAAAUAAUUCUAUGGAUUAUUUAUUUAUUACUCCUUCCACUGAUUUAAACACCAGGAAUUUAACAAGCUUUGUCGAUUGUAAUAGACUGAAUGUAUUAUAAGUUCACUAGUCACACCAGCUUCCUCCCAGUUAUAUAACCAUGUGGAUUAGAGAGCAGAUUUUGACGUUUAGCUGACAGAAAUGUGCGAUGUGAGAGUUUGGUUGCCGGCCUCAGGCUGUGAUGUCCUGAUCGAGAAGGUUACGGGACAGAGAGCUUUAUUUUGACGGGGUGCUGCUCCUCGCUGCCCUGCUGUCUGUACGGCCUAAUGUGAUAAACAGACAGCAGCCGCCCUUUGCCAGAGACAUGACAGGUGCUUGGCAGGUGCAGCCUCUGCGUUAUCCUUCUGCUCCAUGAGGGGGCAGAUUUUUGAGCAUUCAUCAAAGCUACUCCCUCCUUGUUUAUCUUCAGGUGCUCUUCAAGAUGGUCCUGGGCAGUGCCAAAUUCGGGGAGGCUGCGCUCUUUCUCAGCAUCGUAGGGAGUGCAAACUUUGUUUUCGUCAGCUUUGUGCCAGUCAUCCUGUAUUUUACACGGGUGGAGUAUAUCGGCACGCCUGCAGACAUCCCCUGGGCCUACCUCUGUGGAGUCGCAGCCCUGCUCUUUGGUGCGGAGUGAUUUUAUAUGGAGGAAAAUUGACAAUAAAAAUAGUACAGGAGUAUUUGAAUAAUGUCUUAACAUCCUGCUUCUUUGUGCAUCUUUUUACAGCGUUCAACAUCCUGGUGAACUUUGGCAUUGCCAUAACGUACCCAACACUAAUCUCCCUUGGCAUUGUCUUAAGUGUCCCUGUGAAUGCCAGUAAGUGUCUCGGCUUUCUUGCACAAAUAAUUGAAUUAAAUGACUUUUUAGAUCCAGUCAGCAUUGAACACUCAAAGGCACCAAAAUUCCUCCAAAGUCCUUCAUAUUUAAUACUUCUCCUUCAACAAUUUCUGGUAUCUUCUGGAAAAUACAGACCAACAGUGUUUAUUUCUUCACAAAUUUGCACAUUUAUUGUUUAGAUUUGACAUAUAAAACCUGUUUAUUCAUAGAAUUAUCAAGAAAUUCAACUACAGUGUAAUGCAGACGGGGUUUGGACUAAAUUGUUGAUUGCUUCAAUGGAGAGGUUCGUUGUAGAAGAGCGAGAUGAUCAAAAAUACAAAACUCCCUUAAACUUUUUUUGCAACUUUACGGUCACCAGAAAACAGUUUGUGCAAAAAGAAAUCAUUUUCCUUGACCUUGACUGGAAAUGUCACAGUUAUUGGGAAAAGACAGCAGCAGUGAUGUAACAGAUCGUAUGAGAUUAUUCUGUAAAAAACUACAAUUUACUACAGAUAGACUACUAACAGCAUGCAGCUACAUAUACUAUGAAAACUCAGUAACUAACAUGACAUUGUUGAACAUUUAAAGGGUUGAAACCAGAAUGGGGACACCGUGACAGUCUGUAGUUUCAUAUCACUUCAGUUAAUCUAAUCAAUGAUCUUUAACCUCUUAUUUUAAUGUUUGAAGCCUACUGUAUUUACAGUGUCAUCCUCUCCGGAUCAAUUGCAAAUGUAAACCCAUAAAAGGUUAUUCUAUUUUGUUUUUAUUCUAUCUUGUAUUUUUCUAAUAUGAUUAUUAGUGCAGUCUACUCUGGCUCUGUCUUAAAAUGAGCUUAUAAGCAGCAUGUAAGGUACUGCUAUAGCAAAUUAACACACUAUAUUCAUUUAUAUUCAUUUUAAACUUUUAAUUGCAUUAAUAUGUAAAAUAUUUGAUCAAUAUUCUGGUUGAUUAAUUUGAGAUUGAAAGUAAAGCUUUAAAUACGAAUAUAAAUAUUUGGCAGGUUGAGAAUAUCACUCUUUCUGUCACUCCUCUUAAAUGUAACCACAGAGAUCAAAUUCGAUUAAAUGUCUAAUCCAGUGAAUCAAAUCAACUUUCAAUUAUGAGAGGGACAUCACUUUGAAUAUUGUCACUGCAAAGAAUUGUGGGUACUAAAGGAGGGUCCAGUGUAUCCUGUGUUUAAGGAGAUAGUGAAGGAAGGAGGCAAUGACAACCAGGCCAAUUAACUCAGUUAGGAAACUUUCUAACUUGGCCCAGUAUGACUCAGACUUUGCGACUGUGUCACUUUUGGCACCCUCCCAUGGUACCUCACAUUUGGUUGCAGAUUUCCUACUUUCUCUUGGCAGACAAAUAUUUUAAUCACUGGUUAUAUUCACAGUGGAAAAUGUGGAUAAAUGCUGUUUUGGCAACCACAUUGCUGGGGCAGUGAUUACAUGCAUAAAAAUAACUGUAGAUAAAUAACCAAUUUGGUUGCCGCUGAUAUAGAAACAUUGGAAGAACUGGUAUUCUGAGAUAAAACCAGACUUCAACAAAGCAUAACAUGAAAGAUAAACUAGAAACGAGUCUAAACUAACAUCUCCUCUCAUCGUCUUUCAGUGGUGGACCUCUACACAUGUGAAAUUCACUUCAACACGGUGCGCCUCAUCGCGGUGUUUAUCAUCUGCCUGGGUUUCCUCAUGCUGCUGUUACCAGAGGACUGGGAUCAGUGCAUCAUCCAGCUCAGCACAAAGCUACGCAAACGUGACGAACCAGCAGAGGGCAGCAGUGAAGCGGGGGCCACCACUGGGCUCAACUGGAGAGGCAGAACCAGGACGUCUAUGUCUACAUUUGCACAUUGACUCCGAGAAGUUUUACGAAGCAAACAGACAAACGCAGGGAGGGGGAUACUCAACAGCUCUCUGUUUAUGUUGGGAUAUUUGGCCUGCAGCUCCCUGAGAGAAAACAGUAUUACAGACUGUUCUCUGGUCAGUUACGUGUCAGCCAAAGGGAGGAGAAGGAAGAGGAACAGACUGUGCCGUUCAUUUGGCGUCCAUCCACUCUGAAGUUAUCCGAGCUGGUGCAUGGACUCAUAUCAUCGAAUUCCUACUUCACCAAAAGAAACACGAUCAGGUCAAACUGAUCCAAUCAUGUUUUGAGUUUGCGUUGUUACCUCGUAAUCAUUCCAUUCACAUAUCCUCACGCCUGGGAAGACUUGCCAACUUGCCUGACUUUUUCAGCUCUGAGAAAAAAAGAGACAGACACCACGUGGACUCGCUGUUGUACACAUUUACACACCUUUUAAGAUCCAAAGAAGAAUGCCUAAAAAUGCUGAAUGCCUGAGAACAAAAGGGGAGGUCAACUGAGGCCGCCUUCAGGUUUAACUUAAUGACAAAUACCUGCCUUUCAUGCACUGUACAUAGCUGUUUUUUCACACCUCUGAUGUCCUGGAGUUGUGACCCGAUGGGCUCAUCUGGCGCGAGGGGACCUGUCUGGACAUCUGAGGAUCAAAUACAAGCUUUCACGACGCCUCACUCUGUUCCUCCUGAGAGUAGAGGUCAGGUCUUUGUCGAUCACAGUGAUUGGCUCCCCCCUGUGGUUAUGUGUUUUCCUGUGGCUAAACUCCCACUAUGUCAACGCUGACACCCAUAGCUCAGGCCCACAGAUGAGUCACGAUAGAUUUAUCACCAGUAUCCCUAUUGCAUAAGUUAUCAAUGCAUGAGAGGGCUGAGAUUUGUUUAUCGAGGAGUGCUUUCAGUCCAUCCAUGCAGCACUUUUUUCCUGCAUAUUCUCGAACCAAGACACUGACUGAACAGUGCUAUCAUUCACCAAGUAAGCAAUACAGGUAACACAUGUAUCUACAUGCAUUAGCUGUGACUUUAUUCACCUGUCUAAAUCUAUACCCACUUUCACAAUUAAUGCUUCAGGUGCCCCAGACUUUUGAUGGACUAAAAGCACUCUUACAUAAGAGACAGGCUUCAUGAAAAACCCCUUUAACAACUUCAAUCAGAGCUGUCGCUGAGCCUCCCUCUGAACUCCAAUCAUAUUUAAUGUCAUUUGUCAUUUACAACAUUUAUUAGUUUAAUUGUUUUCUCUCCUAAAAUAACAGAUAAUAGAUGGAAACCUGGAGAACAGGUACGCUAACAAAAAAGACUUGAUUAUAUUCACAUGGCGGCCUUUUUUUCCUGACUUUAUGCUCAGGAUGGGAAGAUAAAACACUGUUGAGACCAUCCUUCUUCUGGGCUCAAUGUUUGCAAACAACAAAUCCUAAAACAGACCAAAUAAAACCCUUAAAACACAAGCAUCCACUGGAUUUAUUAGGAACCGUACAACAAAGAUCAACGAUGGACUAAAUUCACAAAAUACAACAGCAGUCUCUAAGUCUCAAAAGAUUCAUGGUUGACAACCUCUGUUGCAUGAAGGGCUGGAGACGCAACAGAACACAAACCAGGGGAAAUUUCACAGCUGCAAGAUCUGUCUGGGAGUAGCAAGGGUGCUAGAGCAAAUCCAAGAAGGUCACGAGUCAAUCACAGGGCUAACAUAGAAAUAAACGACCACUCACUCACACCAUCAGUCCCAGUAGCCAAUGCAUGCAAAGGGAGAAGGUGCAAACUCUGAGUAGCAAGUGUCUGCAGACCGGGAGACAACAAACUAUCGUGCAGCAACAGGUGGAGAGAGGAGAGCAGGGAGAAGAGCAGAAGGGAGGAGGAGGAGGCGGCAGGGGUGUGAAUCUGUUUGUGCCUGAAAAGCCAAAGGAAAGACUGUAGCGAUCAAACACUUUUCAGCCUGAUGUUAACAUUAUGAAGGACGUUAUGUAAACGUUUGUUCAAUCUGCAGCCUGUGAUAAAGUCAAAUCCUCCUAUUUUUGAUGACACAUUGUAGAAAAACUUAACUAGAAGUAAAAUCUGACAUUUAAUCUAGUCAGAAUUAUCGCCAAAAUCAAUUUAAAGCUCUUAAAGUGUAGAAUUGUUGCAUGGUCCCUUUUUAUUGUAAUUGUACAUAUGAAAUUUAUAUCAUCCACUUAGACAGAGAACAAAAAUCCAAAACAGUUGAUUUCAUCAUUUACUUAAUCUUUCAGAGACUUAAGAAUAUUUGUUUUAAGUGGAUAAAAUGCAUGUGAUGCAGAUGUUAAAAUCAUGGGUAACCACUUUUAAAUACCGAUUUCAAUGUCAGUCAAAAUGACUGUGAUUAUGAUUUUUGCUCCAGUCUAGCAGGCCUCAGUCCAGGAGGUGCAGUCUCAGAGUUAUGAUCCUUGAACUGCAGCUUCUGGCUCUGCAGACACAGAGUACAGGAGUAAACUCCACGCAGAGAGACUCCUGCCAGGUCAGAGUUUGAGCCAGGAACUUUCUUGCUGCAUGGCAACAAUCCUAACCACUGCACCACCACCACCGCAGCUGCUGCAGUACCAUUUAAAUAAUAUAAAACUAUUUUUUUUCUGACAUACUGAUAGAUUUACUGCUUUUACUGAUGUGGAAAACUCAUCAGAGGGUACAUAGAGUCUGAUCUUCCCAUCCUGAGCAUAACGUCAGAAGAAAAUGGCUGUUUUGUGUUAAUGAUGCAGUUUGUUCAUCUGUACUUUUAUCAGACAUCUGUAUUUGUUUUCAUAGAUUACAUUCUUUGGCAAAUUAACGUCAACAGAGAUGAACCUGAGCGUAAAAGAGGCCCGCGCCUUGGAAACUGACCGGUGGAAACUCUGCCUUGUUGUGAAUGUAUGAACAUCACUCGACCACACACACACACACACACGCUCGCUAUCUGAUUUUAACAGUGCCACCACAGACUGCUGCAGACUGACUCUUUAAUACUACCCUUCUUCUUCUUACCCAUCUGACUACGUUGCAUUUUUUUGGUGAGGGAUCUCGUUCUGGACUACUUUUCUACUUCUGUUUUUUCUUUUUGUGCAUUUGGUUGCUUACUAACCUGGAGGGGACAGUGAGUGACAUCUGCAGGAGGAGCAUGCACAUACUGUACGAGCAGAUACAGCUGACAGGUCCACUUCACUGCCUUUUCUUUGUUUCUUUGCAAUAGAGUACAUCAGCACUGUUUCCCAUUGUCAUUCUCUAUGACAAUAAAUAAUUAUAUUGUAUUCCUCUGGAAUUAUUGCUAGACAUAAAUGUAAACCUUUGUAAGGAAUGAUGAUUUUUACACUGAGAUGCAACAUAUGAUUAUCACAAUUGAGGAAGAGAUAUUUAGAGCGCUAAUAAAAGACGGGUUUAUUAGAUUUACUGCUGGGUGUCUUCAAGUGUAAUCACAUGUACUAUAUAAAAAAUUUCUUUUCAGUACA